AUCAUGUGACCAGUAGCUUGUCUCUAGGAUGGUGAGUUCCAUGCAAGCCAGUAAUGAAGAGUCAACACACAAGCCUUUGGGGUAUGAGAACCAGAAGUCCGGUUAUCAACACUUAAGAUAUGGUAGUGAAAGUGGUUGGCCUCACCUCACCCUCUGCUCAGGUAACUCUGCCUUGGCUCAGAGCCCAAGAGUACACUUCCCACUCAUUGGUCAUCAGAGCCUUCCCUUCUAACCUGCCAAGAGAGGCCUGGCUGCAUCACACACAGGUAGGCCCUCAAGGAUCCCUACUUCCUUUGAGCUUAAUGGCUUUGAGAGUCUGGGAAACCCUCCUUUUGCCCUUUAAGUCAGGGAUGGGGAACCUACAGCCCUACAGAUAUUGGUGGACUCCAACUUCCACUCAAUCCAGCCAGUAUGGCCAGUGGUCAGAGACAAUGGGGGUUGUAGUUCCAAUAGUUUCUGUUUUCCAACAUCUGCCAUAGUAAAACGGGGCAUAUCCUCCUUUGUUCUGAGUUCAGCCACAUCAGUUCCAGACUUGGGCAUGCAAAGUAUCCAAGAGGGCAUAUUUGUAGCCCUGUAAAACAACAUACAGCCCACCGGUGCUUUGUUUGGGAACAGAAAGAUAUUGUAAUGUAGCAGAAGACCAAAUGUUUUGUGUGCCAAAUUGAAUCCUGGCAUCUCCAGUUAAAAAGAUCGGGUGGUGGGAGAUUGGAAAGACCUCUGCCUGACAUCUUGGAGGCAAGAAGAGACAGUACUGGGUAGUCAGAUUAAUAGCCUGACCUGGUAUAAGGAAGCUCCCUUUUCAAAUAGCUGAUCAACAUAUUUGCAUCUUAUUUCACAGAGCUAUGCACCUGCAGUCCCAGCUGCUGAGCUGGCAGAUUGCAUGCAGCAUGCAUUGACAUCAGUAUACGACCACGUAGCUGCAUUGUUGUGAAUGUGUACAGGUCAUCUGAGAACUCUUAAUGCUGAGUCUGGCUGGAUGAAUGACCAUACUUUAAGGCUGCAUGUCUAGAAACUCAGGUCAGAGGUGAAUGACUAUGUGUUUAAAAUGCAGGAUUGGCCCUUUCUUGUCCAUGCUGAAGAUUCCCCUCCCUGCAAUCAUUUACACAAGUAAUUGAUGCCAAGGUUGAAUGUUUGCAGAAUUAAAAGGGGCAUCAGCCUGGUGAAAGUUAAUUCAUUUCUUGUUUCAGUCAAAUAUUUGGCAAUCAUUUCCUGUAUUCACUCGGCCCUGGAUUUAUACAGCUUGUGUUGAUUAAAGCGGCCUUAAUAUGCAUGGAGUUUUGAAAGACUGCAGAUUUAAAGUAGUGGUUGCCAAACUUUUCAGCACUUGUUCCCAUCUGUCAAAUAAGAUCCUGUUGUCGUCUUCUUUCUGGCUCUGUUCCCUAAUCUUGUAUACACACACACAACAUGUAGCACAUUAUUAUUAUUUGCUAUACAGAAUUGGUACGCAAGCUGUAACCAUGAAAUGGUUAAAUAUGCAAAGAAAAGCAUGAAUAUACUAACCUUGCACAUCUAGUCCCUUGAACCACCACUCACUCAACAUUUAUUGAUGGCAACAUGGCAGUCCCAGCCAGCAUGGCCAAUGUUCAGAGAUUAUGGAAGUUGUAGUCCAAAAACAUCUAGAGGGCUACAGAUCCUCACCAUUCCUGCCUUAGAUCAACCACAGGUUUUGUAUGACCCUUGUGUUUUGACUGCUGGGCUUCCAACAAGGUCUCUGCAUCUCUACCUGCCAGGAUCCAUUCUUUUCUCCAUCUGGGCCCACUCAGGUUCUGAAUUUUGCCUUUCAAGAAUGAACAACUCUAUAGGACUUUUUAAAUCAUCAUGAUUGUUAUGAUUUUCAGGUCCCUGGGUUCAGUGUUGUUGUUGUUGUUUAGUUGUUUAGUCGUGUCCGACUCUGCAUGACCCCAUGGACCAGAGCACACCAGGCACUCCUGUCUUCCACUGCCUCCCGCUGUCUGGCCAAACUCAUGCUGGUAGCUUCAAGAACACUGUCCAACCAUCUCAUCCUCUGUCGUCCCCUUCUCCUUGUCCCCUCCAUCUUUCCCAACAUCAGGGUCUUUUCCAGGGAGUCUUCUCUUCUUAUGAGAUGGCCAAAGUAUUGAAGCCUCAGCUUCAGGAUCUAUCCUUCCAGUGAGCACUCAGGGCUGAUUUCCUUAAGAAUGGAUAGGUUUGAUCUUCUUGCAGUCAGAUCACUGCCUUGCCAUGGCGAAGGGCUUGAAUAACUCAGAGCAGCUAUGAACUAUGCCAAGCAGGGCACCCAAAACGGACAGGUCAUAGUGAAGAGUUUUGACCAAACAUGAUCCACCUGGAGCAGGAACCGGCAAGCCACUCCAGUAUCCCUGCCAAGAAAACUCCAUGGACAAAGACAACUGGGUUCAGUAGGAACCCCAAACUACUAAUUACAAUGCAUGCAUUAUUGCAUCCUUAUAAUGGUUGAACGUCAGAAAUUUUUUUGCCUGACAGUCUCUCUUGUCCAUGGAAAACAACCUCUAACGUAAUGUGUCUGACAGAUAACCACAAUACCAUUGUAAGGGAUUCUGACAAGUUUGUUUUUGUUAACCUCAGCUUUCCUUUUAAUGCUGUCCCCCCCCCCCAAGGUGGUACUGUAAAUGAAAUUUUAAAAAUGGAUUUAAAUUUUUAAAAAUGCAGUAUAGCUAUAUAAUUCCCCUCCAACCCUCGUCCCCACAAAAAAAACAAAAAACAAACCACUUGGGUGCAGUCUGUAUUACCUUUUUUUAGUGUUAUCUUUUAAAUAUUUCUGAUACAUAAAACCACUGAUAGCACAGAUAAUAGAAUGAAAUAGCAAACCCUCCCAAAGCCUCUGUUAGAAUUAAAUUUAUAUGCCUGAGCUUUAGUCACAGCUCAAAAACUCAUUAUAAGCCAAUAAAGUUCAAAUAUUAUAUCAGUAGCUCAUAAUUUAAAGUCAGUGGUUGAUGUGCAUGAUAGUUGUGGUCAGUAUAAUAUUGAAGUGCCUAAACCAUUUUUUUUUUAUUUUUUUGCAAUAUAUUUUAUUAGUCUCCAAGGAGAAUAUCGCCCACUAUCUUUGCAGCAUGCAUGGUGGACCACAAGUAGCAGCCAAUUAUUGCUGAAAUGCUGAGGGGGUGCACAUUCUCCCGUUGACCCAUUUCAGCUCAGAGAAUAUGCACCUCAAAGCAGACUUCUGCAAACAUACUCCAUUCUCUAGCCAGAUGUGGAAAAAUGCACACAAGAUUCCCAUGCACACAGUUGGAAUUGUACAGCUGUAGCCUUCUUUUAAAACACAGAAUCCCACUGCUCAGCUUUUCUGGAGUUGGGGGCUGGAUUCAGUCCUCCCUGUUCUCCAUUUGUUCCCAAACAUCUGAGCACUUUUUCAAAGGGUCCAUGAACGUGUAGACCCUGUUGCUCUGCAAUGUGCUAUUUCGCAUAAGCCCCAUAUGUAAAGCCUCUGACCAUUAUCCUUUCUCUUCCCAUUGCGGAGCUUCUGAGUUACUUAUCCUGUCCUCCAUUCUGAGGACAUCAUAGAAGAUCAGGGUGCCCUGUUUACAUUUGUUUAAAGGUAAAGGGACCCUUGACCAUUCGGUCCAGUCGCGGACGACUCUGGGGUUGUGGCGCUCAUCUCGCUUUAUUGGCCAAGGGAGUCGGCAUACAGCUUAGAAUCAUAGAAUCAUAGAGUUGGAAGAGACCACAAGGGCCUUCGAGUCCAACCCCCUGCCAAGCAGGAAACACCAUCAGAGCACUCCUGACAUAUGGUUGUCAAGCCUCUGCUUAAAGACCUCCAAAGAAGGAGACUCCACCACACUCCUUGGCAGCAAAUUCCACUGUUGAACAGCUCUUACUGUCAGGAAGUUCUUCCUAAUGUUUAGGUGGAAUCUUCUUUCUUGUAGUUUGGAUCCAUUGCUCCGUGUCCGCUUCUCUGGAGCAGCAGAAAACAACCUUUCUCCCUCCUCUAUGUGACAUCCUUUUAUAUAUUUGAACAUGGCUAUCAUAUCACCCCUUAACCUCCUCUUCUCCAGGCUAAACAUGCCCAGCUCCCUUAGCCGUUCCUCAUAAGGCAUCGUUUCCAGACCUUUGACCAUUUUGGUUGCCCUCCUCUGGACACGUUCCAGUUUGUCAGUGUCCUUCUUGAACUGUGGUGCCCAGAACUGGACACAGUACUCCAGGUGAGGUCUGACCAGAGCAGAAUACAGUGGCAGUAUUACUUCCCUUGAUCUAGAUGCUAUACUCCUAUUCCGUGUCAUGUGGCCAGCAUGACUAAGCCGCUUCUGGUGAACCAGAGCAGCGCACGCAAACGCCAUUUACCUUCCCGCCGCAGCAGUACCUAUUUAUCUACUUGCACUUUGGCAUGCUUUCGAAUUGCUAGGUUGUCAGGAGCAGGGACCGAGCAAUGGGACCUCACCCCGUCACGGGGAUUCGAACUGCCGACCUUCCAAUCGGCAAGCCCUAGGCUUUGUGGUUUAACCCACAGCGCCACCCUCGUCCCUGGAUUUGUUUAGGUGCCCUUUUAAACAUUUCCAAAAUCAGCAGAGGCUGGCCAGAGGCAGAGCUAGCUGCUGCAGCACCCAGAGUGGUGCACAUGCUGUGCACCCAGGGGUGGGGCCAUGGGGGUGGGGUGAGUGUUCCAGGGGGGCUUUGUGGCGAGCAUUCCAGGGGGUGAGAUACCCAGUGGGGUGGAGCGAGCUGCCCAUGGCAGGCUGCUUCCUGGGCGCGGGGGGGGGGAGAGGGAGCCGCGCCACUUUGCCAGCAGCCUUCCUCCCUUCCCUCUUCCUUUUGACAGCUUGGGGGAGGCUCUCCCCCCCCCCCCCAGGAAGCAGCCCUGGAGCAGGGGAACAAAAGUUCAUGGUUCAUGGAAAUUAUAUAAAUUGCAAGCCUUCCCCGAGCUGUCAAAAUGAAGGGAGAAGACCACAAGGGCUGCAAGGACUCUUCUGGCUCAGAAAUGGAAGCAGCAGGAACUUCCAGCACUGGAAGACUGGCAGGUUAAGAUGGUGGAGUACGUAGAGAUGGCCAAGUUGAUGGGGAAGAUCCAGAAUCAGCGUGACAAACUGUUUCAAAAGGACUGGAACAAAUUUAUAUCUUACAUGAAAGAAAAUUGUAAACAUUUGAAAACGUUUAGGUUUGAACUGAAAUGUUUUGUAAUGUAAAUAUAAGGAACUGAUUUACUGAUAAUAAGGUGAAAUAUUAUAAUAUGAUAAAAGGUAAAUAAGUGAUUACAGAAAAGCGAAGAAUAUGGAAAGUAUGUGGAAGUCAGAAAGAGGGAGGGAAGGAGGUUGAUGCUCUUGUAGAGUAAUGUAUUAAGUUAUAGAAUUAUGUAACAAAAUGUGAAUAUGAUAAAAGUGGAAAAUGUAAUAAAAAAUAUUUAAAAAAAAACAAAAUGAAGGGGGAAGGGGUGGAGGCCGCCAGCAAGGCGGUGCAGCUCCGCCCCUUUCCCCAACGGCUAGGGGUAGGCUUGGGAGUCGCAGGCGGGUGGCACGCCAAAUAUCACCCCCCCCAGUGAUGACACCCAGGGCACACCACCCCCACCGCCCCCUUCCUCCGCCCCUCAGACUGGCCUGUUAGGGUGAAUGGAGCACUAAGCUACCAGCACCCAUCCAGACAGCUUCUCGUUGUCUCAGUGUUGAACUUGUAGAAUUCAGCAGGGAGGAAGAUAGGCACAAAAGUAGAAUUAGUUUGCUCUGCCUGCCAUUGGUUCUGCUUCUACCUAACAUUGGUCUCCUGUGCCUGUUCCUCCUGGAAAUGGUCACCAGCCACUACUGCAAGCUAGCUGGGGAUCUGGUUGCCUCAAUAAGACUAGUGAUUGGUUGAACUACUGGUGUCACAAUACAGCCAGUGAGAAUGUUACUUUACAAGGAGUGUUGAAGCUCCCCUGCAUCUGAGGGUCUGGGUGUCCCAGAGAAGUCAUGAGCCUGUGCUACUGAUCAGCUGACUGACAGCGGGAAAGACCAGGGCUGUCACACCCCAUGAAUUGCAGUUGUAUGAAUUUGCACCCAUGAAGCAUUUCGACACGACAAUCUUGUAGAACGUUUUCCACUCUCUUCUGAAUGUUUCUUAAUAUGCCAAGGAAUUAAUAGAUCACACAGUCAUGGACAGAAAUGUCCUUGUUGUUUUAAUUACUGACAAAUGGAAUUCUGUCUGUCUUAAUUAGCUGAGUCAUAAUACAAAGUUUCUUUUUCUUUUUCUGCAUUUCUUCUUCAAAGGCAGAAUUAAAAACAAUUCACUUUUAUUUUUGCUUUCAAACUGUUCAUUAUAAAGGGGCGUAUUCAAGUAACUCAGAGUAGAUGCAUGGAAAAUAAUGGACCUAAGUGAAUUAUGGUCAUUAAUUUCAUUUUUUAAAAAAUAAAUUUCAUUUUUGCAUUUUCUAUUUUACAUAAACAAAUGAAUUAAAUACAUAAACAUAUAAUCCCUUUUGACUUCCCUCCCCCCAUUGUUGAUCUUAAUGUAAUGAUUUCCCCCUCUGCAUCUCUUUCAUAACUCUAUUUUUAUAACUUCUUUGUCAAGCCAUAGUUCAAAUUUUUACUACAAGUUUUCUGUCAAUCCUACCAAUGUAUGUAACUGUUUACAAUAGCUUUUCAAAUAAAUUAUAAACUUCCCCCAUUCUUUAUUAAAGACCUCCUCUUCCUGGUUUCUAAUUCUUCCUGUAAGCUUUGCCAUCUCGGCAUACUUAUGGCCAUUAAUUUUUGUGGAUCUGCUCUGAGUAAAAGUUAGUUGAAUAGAAUCCAAAAUCCUUACUUUCGGAACAGAUUCUAUUCGAUUUCCAAGGUAUGAGUAUAUAAGGUCUUCACAAGGAAAUGGCAUUUUUGCAAUCUAAUACCAACCGUGUCCAAGAAUGGUAAUUUAAAGCUUGUUAAGAAUAUUGCCCCCUCCACUUUGCUCAUUGCAAACAGCUGAAAGUCUGGUAAACUUUGAUAAUAAAUCUGAUUUGCAAUGAGCAUUUGAAUACUUUUGAUUGCAACUGUAUAUGCACAGCACAUCAUGCAGUGACUCAGUCCUGAAUGGCAGGCCACUUGAUGGCACAGGUGAAUUUGAGCUGAUCGAUGCAUGCAGCAAAACCAUGCCUUAUGGCUCUCGAGGGACACUGCCAACAUCAGAUCUUGGUGGGGAGACGUAUCACAUGCUGCACUUCAGAAUAAAGUUUAAUCCUUUCACAUGAAAACUGGUACAUUAGGGAGGAAGGCACUUGGUGGGCUGUAACUUUGAUAUGCCAUUUUCUGUAUGCAGGGAAGGCUGUUAUUUCUGUGUGGGCGAGCAUGUGUGAAAGAGACUAAGCCGUAGGCUGUAGCACUUGAUAACUCUUGGGUUAGACAAAAAGGAAUGAAACUGUACGGAAAGGGGAAUUGUUGUUGUUGUUGUUUAGUCGUGUCCAACUCUUCAUGACCCCAUGGACCAGAGCACGCCAGGCACUCCUGUCUUCCACUGCCUCCCGCAGUUUGGUCAAAUUCAUGCUGGUAGCUUCGAGAGCACUAUCAAACCAUCUCAUCCUCUGUCGUCCCCUUCUCCUUGUGCCCUCCAUCUUUCCCAACAUCAGGGUCUUUUCCAGGGAGUCUUCUCUUCUCAUGAGGUGGCCAAAGUAUUGGAUCCUCAGCUUCAGGAUCCGUCCUUCCAGUGAGCACUCAGGGCUGAUUUCCUUAAGAAUGGAUAGGUUUGAUCUUCUUGCUGUCCAUGAGACUCUCAAGAGUCUCCUCCAGCACCAUAAUUCAAAAGCAUCAAUUCUUCGACGAUCAGCCUUCUUUAUGGUCCAGCUCUCACUUCCAUACAUCACUACAGGGAAAACCAUAGCUUUAACUAUACAGACCUUUGUUGGCAAGGUGAUGUCUCUGCUUUUUAAGAUGCUGUCUAGGUUUGUCAUUGCUUUCCUCCCAAGAAGCAGGUGUCUUUUAAUUUUGUGGCUGCUGUCACCAUCUGCAGUGAUCAUAGAGCCUAAGAAAGUAAAAUCUCUCACUGCCUCCAUUUCUUACCCUUCUAUUUGCCAGGAGGUGAUGAGACCAGUGGCCAUGAUCUUUGUUUUUUUGAUGUUGAGCUUCAAACCAUAUUUUGCACUCUCCUCUUUCACCCUCAUAGGGUCCAUCAAUUAGGGACACUUGAGGAGGAAGGGAUCCAGGGUCAACUACAAUCCUGUGUUUUAUUUGCAUUGUGGGGAAAGUAAAAUUUGGGUGUAUGUGACAAGAUAGCAUUCCGGAUCAUUUUUCUUUUAGCUGUGGAAGCAUCCCUUAAGGAGAAGGUGGUUUGUUUUCUUUAAUUGUUAAUGUCAAAUAGUAGAAAAUCAUGCACCUUGACUUGAUAGCUUGCCAGAUGCCAUGCUAGGCAUUUAUUAGAAGUAGCUUAAUCAUCACAAUGAGCAAGGCAGAUGUCAUGGUGGGUAGGCCCUCUGAAUUCCCCAAACCAUUUGCCAUUGCUAUUCAUUUUAUGACAAUAUGUAUCUGCGCAUCCGAUACAGUCAACCAGUCACUGAAUCCAUAUUCUGCUUAAUUAAUUACUCAACUUAAAUUGCUUAACCACUUCCAGAGAUAAUUAAAUUUGUGUGUGUGUGUGUGUGUGUGUGUGUGUGUGUGUUUAAAUUAUGUGACACAGCAUAAUUUGCAGUUAGCAUGUUCAGUCCCUCCAGAAUAUUUAUUUGGAUUAUACAAAAUGUAGCCUUUUCUGCUCAUUCCCUGAUAAGACUCUGUGCUUGCAUCAAUUUCUUAAAAGUUUAGGUUUGACAGUUUCACUCUUCAAGAUGUAAUUCCUAAGGACCAGAUGCUUUGCCAAAGGUCUCCUAAUCACACCUCCGCACUUUUUCAUUGUAUAUUUUGCUGGAUCUCACCUAUAGUUAGGUAAGAUUUCAAAACAUGCUCAUUCUCUUGGCUGGUUUAUUAAAUGCAUUCGGCUCAGUGGAAUGAGGAGGUGUAGAGGAGGUGUACAGAAAGAAGAGUUUGCUUCUCUGGGUCACUGGCAAUUUAAAUGCUCUAUAUCAGCAAUUGAAGAGAUCGGUGAAAGGAUUACGGAUCUUUAAUGAGGAAUUUGGAUUCAGGUUGGGGGGGAGAGGUGAGUGGAAGAAAAGGGAGGUGUCUCGCAAAGGAGGGAAAGAGAACAAAAUAUAUAUAAGAGCAAAGAAAUAUUGAUCCUGCUGUGCAAACAGUGCCUGAGUCUUGAGGAAGCCAAUGUACAAUAGAAAGAUUCAGUCUGAGGUGUAUAGAAAAUCUCUUCCAUCCAUUUAUUUGCAUAGAGUAGAACACACACGUACAAGAGGAAAAUUAAUUUUUGAAUGCUCAUUUUUGAAAGCUCUGAGGAACAUUGAAGACAUAGAAAUGAUAAUCAUUUCAAAGAAAUUGAUUCAUAUUUGUUUACUUAUUCUUUAUUGCCCCUUUCAGUCAAAAAUAGGCACCUGGGCAGCUUAAAAAAAUCUAUUUCGCACAUGCACACAAAGGCAGACCCUGCCUUCAGGCUUACUUUCUAAAAAGACAAGAUGUGAAAGGAAAAUGGAUUGGGAGGGAGGGAGAAGGAAACUGAUGAACUCAGGUUCAUGUUCUUAAUCAGAAUAUGUUCUGAUAACUAGCUGAUACGGGAAAGUUCAAGGAGAGGAGGCCCUCACCACGAAUGCUCCUUUCUCUUUCCUCCUCUGUUACAGCCUGAUAUAGUAUCUGCUGCAAGGUGAUAGCUGACAGACACCUCUUUAUUUUGGGUUACAUUAAUGUGUCAGUAUGAAGGAGAUCCCCAGUAAUGAAGGUUCAGACCAAGAGAGGAGGUUCCAGUUUAUUUAUUAAUAUUUUUAAAAUAACAAUUUUAUACCACUUUCUAGCCCUCCAAUGUGUUUUAUGUGCGAGAACCAAACCAAACACAAGCAAGUAAAAACAGAACAAAAAAACCCUCACUGAUUUUUCAAGUUUCAGUGUAAUAUAUGAGCAUUUUGGAAUCUGCACUGCAGAAUACCUUGGAGUCUGUGCUUAGGGAUUUUGUGCAGAUAGGGAACCAUCUUCAAGCAGUUGGUUCAGUUGUUCUAAUGCUGGAGAAGAGCAGGGAAGGCAGAAAGACCUAGUGAUGAAGCAGAUGAUAAGUAAAGGGCACAAAAGCAGGGGAAGCAGAGGGUUAUGAAUGGAUUGGGGGGGGGAUCCACCACUAGGAGAGAAGGAAGGCUGUCACCAGUAAAAAGAAUACCCCUGACUAUAAGAGGCAGUUGAAAGCUAGACUGAGGACUCGGCUACACUAGCAAAGAAACAGUGGUUUGAAUGUGCUAUAAACAUGCAACACCAGAUGGCGGCAGAGAGCAGGAAAUUUCAAGAAGCGAUUUUCCGUAGUGAUUUUUUUCUUUGUUAUCUCAUUUCUGACUUAUUUAUAGAGUCAUCGUUUUUCCUGUGUCUACAUCCACCCUGGGCUUAAGGACAUGUGAGGGAUUCAAUUUCAUACCCUCCAACUUCCUGGUGGUGAAAACCGGGAUGUGCGUUCAUUGGCCCUGCACUCUCACGCGAGCCCAACACCCCCAUCUAAUUUUCCCCUUGAGGGGGCAGAUUUGUGUGUUCCUGCAACACACGCCCAUGCCCUACCCGAUCCGGACCACCAUCUGCAGCCCAUUUUCUCCUUCCCCUCUGCCACCUUUGCCAGCACUGCCUUUCUGCUUGCUUCCUCCCCUUUCCCAGCUAUCAAGGACACUACUUGCCUCCAGUCUUGUCUACCUCCUGAAUUCCUCCACUCCUCACCUCCCAGACACCCCUCUCUAGUGAAUGCUCCCCGUCAUCCACCCCCUUCCUCCCUUACCAAGCUCCCAAUCCCCCACUUGAACACUGCUUUCCAGCUGCCCUUAACCCUGGAAGAAGUUAGCCCUUCCCACUUCCCUCCCUCCACAUUCUAGCUGCAGCCCUGAUGUGGUUGAGGGUUGCUUGUGAGUGACCCAACCACAUGGUCAUGGCAGAUUGCUCAAGCCUUUCCCAUUUAAUCAGAAUCCUAAUCCUUUCCACCAUGUGGUUGCAUCAUUUACCUACAGCCAAGCAGACCCCAUGUGCAUUUUUUCUUUUAAAAAAAAAAUAUUUUGCUUAUUUUGCAGUUGCAAUCGGGGAAAAUACACACACACACACACAGAGAGAGAGAGAGAGAGAGAGAGAGAGAGAGAGAAUAAGUAACUACUGCUGAACUCAGCGGGUGAUUCUAGUAUGCUCUGGGUAUAUACUACAAUUACUGAUUGUGGUUCUGAACCUGAGUGGGUGAAAAAUAAAUAUCCACCGCCAUUUUUGAAACAUGCUCUUUUCUGUGUUCAAACAGGUUUAUUUUGUAAUUUUGUUGUUGGUAACACUUUAAAAGAAUUAAAUCUUUUUGAAGUAUAUAAUUCAGCUGAAAAAAACAUAUUGUGCACUAUUCACUCAAAGUAAAACAAUUCUAAGGGCACACAUUGUGCACCUAAAAAUGUAAUGUGUGAAUGAGACAACCAUGUGUUUGGAAAUGCAUGUAUCAUAUAGGUAUAUGCUCCAAACAACAAGUGUUGUCUGCAUCUCCCUGCCCAGUGUACGCUCAGUUGCAAAUCCAAUUUGUAUGCAGAUCGCCUCGCAGUUUAUGAAAUGGUUUUCAGUCCUAUGGAUUUAAAUGGGAGACUUAAAUGCAUGCUUAAAUCUUUCCUUUUGAAAAGAAUGGGUUUUUAUUUUAUUUUUUAAUCAACACAAAUUGUUGUGAUGGGAAGGAUGGUUUUCACUCUGUUGCUAAAAGAACAAAAACAAUUACUCUGGUGCAGCACUGAUUCCUGGGCGUGAGAGUCUGAGUUGUCCCGCUGACCCUCAUUGUCACCUAAAGAUUCCCCAUUCAUUUCAAUGAGAGCAGCUGAUCCAGUGGUCAUUUUUUUCUUUCAUUCAUUCAGUUCUGCUCCCUCAUUUGGAAUUAAUGGGCCACAGUCAGAAGCAUGCCUGGAUUUCUUGACCAGAGCAAGUGUUACUCCCCCACCCCAAUAUUUGCCUGUAACAUCCAUCCAUACUUUUGAAUCUAUACAUUUCCCCUUCAAGCCUUAUAUUUAAUUCCUGUCAUAUGUUAACAGGUAGCAAUAUAAUCCAGCCAAUUUGAUACUCAGUUGGUAUAUUAAGAAAGCCUUUUGAAAUUAAAAUAAAUCACUUAAAGAAUUAUUGAUUCAUUUCCACAUACGGUGUUCCAGCUGCCUAUUAAUUGUCGACUGCUUGUCCUCACAUGAGACAGAAUGUUUUCUCAUAUUCUUGAUUUCCAUUUCAUCCCUCUCUUCAAGUUAAUUAUGCAGCAGAGAUGUUUACCAAGGCUAUUGUUUCCCCUCCUUGUCUGCCACCCCCUGCCCCCCAAAAAUAAACUACACUAUUCCCAUGAAAGUAAUAUCCUGUGCAGUGGAGCACAUCAGAAACUAUGGAAAGACUUUGGCUUUCAUCCAACUCUAUCAAACUGCAGGGGUUUCUUUUUGGUUUGGCUUUGUUCCUUUCUUUUCAGCGCUGUAAAUCUUUCAGUGUUUUAUGUUGUUUGUACACUUGGAAUCUGGGGGAACAAUGUGGAGGCUUAGGCAAGAGUGCUAUAUAGUCCAAAGCAAAAAAAAAAAAUAACCCAAAAACCACCCUGUACAUUUUUAAAGGAAUGGGGUUGUGGUCAGAAACGAGUGAAUCCCAAUGAGCCUUGUAAGUGAUGAACAUGACUGAGUAUUAAAAAUAGAGUCCAGCUUCCAACCUUUCACCCACCACCUCCCUCCUGCCCUAUGGAUGCUAUUUAUAUAGCUUUCUGAAGAAUUGGCUAACGAUCACAUCAGAUAAAUGCCCUUGGUUUUCCUAGUCGUUUUUAAGGUCCACAGCAGUCACCUGAAGGGAACCUCACGAGAAGUUGGCUCCUUUACUCAAAAGUCCAAAGUCUUGUAUAAGGAACUAACAGCACAGUUGCAUGCAUGUCCCUUAGAAAGUGGGGGUAUAGGAUAGCAUCCCAAGGAUGGGACGAUGUGUCACUUGAGUUACAGGACUGCCACAUCAAACAAGCCCCACUCCCAUGUCAAGUCUACCCUAUUCCCCUGUCAUGUGUAGGCUCACUUCCUGUCUGAUGAAGCAUAUAACCAGUUCAUACGUUUCUCUGCCCUCCGGGGUACAUAAACGCAAAAUGUGGUGGCACCACUUCAUGCCAUAAUCCUGAUUACAUGUUUUAGGGUCUCCUUGGGGGGAGAAUUCUGUUUGGGCCAGUGCAGCAGGCCCACGUCUCUCAUAACAGCAUGCAGGUGGGGAUCCUAAGUCGGGGAUGGUUUUUCCAAGCCAAAAUCUGCACACUUCCUGUUCUCCGUAUGAAGAGCGUGUCAUGCUGAUUCACACACCCUUAAAAUAAUAGUAAUAAUAAGUUCCCCUAUUUCUAGAUGUUGCUGUUUAAUGUUGCCAUAAUUUUCAAUUUUGCUGUCCACAGAGAGUGAAGAGGUUUACCAGCGACAAGUGCUGUCUAUUUCCUGUAUCGUCUUUGGCAUAGUCAUAGUGGGCAUGAUCUGUGCAGCGUUCUACUUCAAAACAAAGUAAGAGCCUUUGUCUAGCCUCUGUCCUGUCAUCCUUAUGCCUUUUCAGUUCUUCUGUGUUUUUCCUCCAUGGCAUUAUUUCUGAAGAGAGUAAGAUACCAGAGACCCGAUAUACAUUAUUUCCUUGUGAGUCAACAUGCUCCCCCUCCCCCCCAAAAAAACCCCUGCAUGUAAAAACGCCCCCGCCAUCUCCAUGACUGACACUCAUAAUGUCAUUUAUCAGAGUUUGCAUACAGGAACACAGAUGAAUGGGAAGGGUUUGAAGAGGUUAAUCUUCUUUGAUCUUCUGGAAAGGCAUGAAAAUGCAUCGUUUUCCUACCAGCUUUUCAUAUAUCACAAAAACUGGCUUUGGGUGAAACAAUGCUGAACAUCCUGGCGACAAUUUUGUGAUCCAUAAAAUAAAUAAAUUCAUAGUAUGGUAAUGUCUGCAUCUGGCUCGAGCGUAUCUAUUUUGAUUCAUGACAGAUUUAUCGGUUAUAUAUCGGAAGAUGCAGAGGGCCUGGUAGUUUAUAUGGCUCAAACUGCUCAAUGACUCACAAGAUUGGGCUGCUGGCAGUUAAUAAAUGAAGGUCCAAGCUUGCUUAGAAAGAAAGGAAGGAAGAAUGGCCCUGUCUGCACCAUGCUACACCUCUAAAGCAGUAUUAUACUGCUUCAAACAUUCAUGGUGUCGCUCAGAGAAUCCUGGGAACUGUGGUUUGUCAUGGGCACUGAGUUGUUAUUCCCCUCACAACAGCUUCUUACAUAGCACGAGGGUCUGCCAUUAAAAGAGGAAAAGUCAAAAAUUCCAUUGAGCAUGCUCAAGCCCACACUAAAAUUACAUUUGGAGCCAACCUAGAUGUGAUGUUCAUUGCAGUAAUCCAUUUAAUUUGCAGAUUUUUUGAAUGUAAAGAGGAGCCUCAGGACUGCAGGUUUGGGGAAGCCAUAGUUUGACUCCUUUCCCUGUUACAGUUCUGACGAAAAUGAACUCUUCACGUUGGCUAUUUGCAUUUCAAGAAACACCUCCAUUGCCCGCAGUGUAGGCUUCCUCCAAAGGCAAAUAGCCACUACGGAGAAGCAGUUUGUGCCAGGAACUUGGCAAGGAAAGGAAGAGUUACACUUCUCCUGCCCCCCCCCCCCAAUGCUUCAGGCUUCCUUAUGGCAGUAAUUUACCUAACAAAUAAUAUGCAUGUUAAGUGCAUUCAUGCAAUUGAUGUCACUUCUACUUCAGUCAAGUCUAUAACCUACUGAAAUUUAUUACUAGUAGCCAUCAAAAUCCGUUUUUGCCCUUGAGAAACAUCACAUUUAGGCCGCUGUCCUGGGAACUGGGCCUAGAAAACGGAGGAGGUGAUUCAAAAAGUGAUUUGAAUGUCUCUUGGGCUAAGUGCCUUUUGUGUGAUAAAUGUUAGGCCCUUUGAAAAGGACAAGUCCUUCUUCCCUUGUGUCACCUCCUGUUCUUAUCCUGUUUCUGUGAAGAGAGAGGAACAUGUAUGCCACUCAAAAGCUCUCUGGCGAACCAUACCGCAUCAGAAGUCAAUGAUGGACAAUGGUUGGGGACUAUUUAGCAGUCAGAGAAUGAUGCAGCCCAGGUUAAGUUCCAUUAAUUUCAAUGGGAGAAAUUUCAGGACAUGAUUUUAUUCCUCACUGAAAUAAGUAGAAUUUAAGUGCACUUGACUUUGGCAGUUUAUGCCCACCAAAAAAAAAGGGGAAAAAAAGUAGAAACUUAUAAUAUAUGUCCCUAUUAGACCUAUGCCCAUUGCAAUAAAAUGCUGUCUAGACGAGGCAUUGAUUACUUUUCUGUUAUUUUAUGACUAACCAUUAUGUUUUUAUUUUAUGUUCUGUGUUUUAGAUAAUUAUUCUGAAGGAGGAAAUUUGUGUUCUCGGAUGUCACACUUACACAUUGUACAACCUGUGCGUUGGCAUCCUUGGAAUACUCAAAUCCACAAAUGCAUUAUUUAAUUUCUUAAUUUUUAUUGAGUAGAACAGUCCCCCCCCACCAUUGAACUGGCUUCACUGACCAAAUAAAAUUAAAGCUUUCUCUGUAGCUCUCAUUGUCCUUGCUAUGUCACAUAGUUCAUCAGCUGCAAAUGCAAGCAACAGUUUCAUGAUUCUUAAACCAGGAAACCAGGAGUCAAUGUGCAUAUAUCACAACAAUAUAGGGCCUUGCCCUAUCAGAAUCUACCAUAGCUCCCCAUAUGUAUCUAGAAUGUGAAGUGACUGAGUCAUGAGCCUAAAAUGUGAAAAUUUCAGAAGUUUUUGAAAUUUAGUAUUGCAGAAUUUUGCAGUUCUUGGAUGAUGGGUGGCUCUUAAGAACAUGAGAAGAGCUCUACUGAAUCAGACCAAAGGCCCAUCUGAUCCCGUAUCCUGUUCUCACAGUGGCCAGCCAGAGACUUAUGGGGAGUUCACUAGUAGGGCAUGAACAAAACAGCACACUCCCCAUUUGUGAUUCCCAACAACUGGCAUUUAGAGUCUUUCUGCCUCCCAACAGUGGAGGUAAUACACAGCCAUUGUGGGUAGUAGCCAUUGAUAGCCUUGCCAUCUCUGAAUUUGUCUGAAUUUUAAAGCCGUCCAAGUUGAUGGGCAUCACUACAGCUUGUGGGAGCAAAUUCCACCUGUUUAUAUGAGCUGCAAAGAAGUACCUUCUUUUGCUCAUCCUGAAUCUUCCGACAUACAGCUUUGUUAGAGGGUUCUAGUAUUAUGAGAGAUGAAGGCGAACUAUCAUAGUAUAUAAAGGUAAAGGGACCCCUGACCAUUAGGUCCAGUCGUGACCGACUCUGGGGUUGUGGCGCUCAUCUCGCUUUAUUGGCCAAGGGAGCCGGCGUACAGCUUCCGGGUCAUGUGACCAGCAUGACUAAGCUGCUUCUGGCAAACGAGAGCAGCGCACGGAAACACCGUUUACCUUCCCGCCAGAGCGGUAACUAUUUAUCUACUUGCAUUUUGACGUGCUUUCGAACUGCUAGGUUGGCAGGAGCAGGGACCGAGCAAAGGGAGCUCACCCCGUUGUGGGGAUUUGAACCGCCAACCUUCUGAUCAGCAAGCCCUAGGCUCUGUGGUUUAGACCACAGCUCCACCCACGGGCAUAUUAUUGGUAUAGGGAAUGCCCAUAACUUAGUGAACAUUGACAUUAAUGUGUGAAUGCUGAUAACCCCUGAUGAGUAUAAUGAACAUUUUGAAAUAAUCAAUAAGAAGGGACAAGAGCUCAGUGGUAGACCUUUGUUGGAACACUCAAUCAAAUUAAAAAUAUCUGCAAUGGCAGAUACAUAUUGCAAUGGCUAUGUGUAGAAGUUGGGUUUUUGUAAUUAUCAUAAGCUGAAGAAAGGGGUUUCUCUUUGCAGACAGAAAUGCAGAGGUAUAAUAAUGAAUGCUGAAGGAGGAACAUGUGUUGGUCCUCAGUGGCACAUACAUUGCAUGUAGAAGGGGCGAUCCUCAGCAUAGUUACAAAACUCAGGUACUAGGUGAUGAGAAAGGCCUCUUUCUGAGACCUUGGAGAGCAGCAAACUAGUCAGCACAGGCAAAACUAAGCUGCAUGACAAACAGACCCAGCAGUUCCCUACACUUGUGAAUACAUCUCCCCUCAUUUUGGACAAGCAUCCCUCCAUGUUGACAAUAGCAUUUUGCCAGAUGUCAUCGUUUGCUGGUUGUUGUUUGUUUGUUUGUUUCCCCCCAAAACAUUAACAACAUUGGCCUGGGACCACCCAUUUUACUUUUGAAUGUAGCUGUAUGCCGGCUCCCUCGGCCAAUAAAGCGAGAUGAGCGCCACAACCCCCGAGUCGGCCACGACUGGACCUAAUGGUCAGGGGUCCCUUUACCCUUUACCUUUACCUUUAUGAGCCACAUUUCAAGCAGUCAGUGUAACAAAUAAAAAAAUGGUUGGGACCAACUGGCUCACUUUGGCUCAAGUUGUACAUUGCAGCAGGCUCUGUGUGGUGGAUUUUUGCGGCAAAAAUCGGCCUGUGCAAGCUGCAAGUCUCAGGGAAAGAAGGGUGGGUGUAAAAAAGCGGUUUAACCCCUUUCCCUUUGGUCAUUUUUCCAUUUGAAAAACACUUUCCCUAAGCUAAGUUUUCAUUCACAGCUAGGGCAUCCUCUGAGGGAAAAGUAAUCAGGUGAAGCUGUUUUGAGGUGAGAAAUACCUGAAGGUGAACUCCAUCUACCCACUGUGGUGGUUGGGGAACAAAAUACUUUUAUAUAAGACUCGUCCGCAGCAAUCUUGAAAUUGCUGUGGUAGUCUCUCACCAGCGAAGCAUCUGAAACUAGCUCACAACAAAAAAAAAAGGGCUACUGCUCAAAAGCAUGUGCUCUGGAUGCAGAAGGCUCCCAAGUUUUUUUUUAUUCAAAAUUAUAACAAGACAUAUUAUCCAAAAACAUAUCAUCCUUGUUUCCCCCCCCCCCAUUUUUCCUCCCACACAAACCCACCCACUCCCACCCCACCCCCUGACUUCCCUCGAUUCCAGUCUUUGGUUUCUCUAAGAAUGCUGUUUUCUGCAUGUUACAAAGUUGUAUAGAUCCUCAAACUAUUUAGCUGAUUAUUAUCAAUAAAAGAUUUGUGAAUGUUUAUUCAAAACCUGCCAAGGAGUCCAGUUCACUUUGUCGCGUCUUCAGAACUUUGUAAAGGGUUCCCAUUCAUCCUUAAAGUCACAGUUAUCCUUGUCCCGUAGCUUAUAUGUCAGUUUUGCCAGUUCUGCGUAGUCCAUCAAUUUUUCUUGCCAUGAUUCAUUACUUGGGGUUUCUUCAGUCUUCCAUCCUUGUGCUACCAGAACUCUCGUGGCCGUUGUCGCGUACAUGAAGAUGUUUUUCAACUUUUUUGGCAGGUCUUUCCCUACAAUCCCCAACAAAAAUGCCUCGGGUUUUUUAACAAAUGUUAAAUGGAACAUUUUCUUCAAUUCGUUGUAUAUCAUUUCCCAAAAUUUUUUAAUUACCUUACAAUCCCACCACAUAUGAUAAAAUGUCCCCUCGUUUUCAGAAGGCUCCCAAGUUCAAUCUGGCAUCUUUAGGCAGGACUGAGAAUGUCUCAUGUCCGAAAGCUUGGAGAACUGUGGGCAGUGAUUGUAGACAAUGCUGACCUGGCUCAAUAUAUGGCAGCUUCCUACGUUCCUCUGAUAUUCUCAUUACUAGAACGGUCCGAAAAUGAGUGGGGACAUGGAAUGUGUGGCCAAAUUAGCUCAAGGGUUUUCAAAUUGACAGUUCCCAGCCAGAACAUCAGAACAGUUUCAUCUCACAAUGAUCCUUCUGACAUCAUAAUAGGUCAAGCCACUCUGGCAGUUCACACCCUUGAAUCAGCCACAGAUGUGGCGGGUUUGAGUUUGUGUGUGUAGAUAGAUAUACAGUGACAGCCAGCAUUGUACUGAUGCUUGCAGAAGUGAGAGAUGUAAUUAAAAAUCACAUAAAAGAACGAAAAUGUACUUUUUUCUCUCUUUCCCCCCACCCCGCACCAAACUCACAGUGUCUAUGACAGUAGUGUCUCACAUCAGAUGUAACUGAUCUGUAGGAAGGACUAUGUGAAUGGAAAACAGGGACGUUGUAUGUACGCUUGAUAACUAUGAAAAUCCUUUACUAAAAACAACUAUUUUUAAAAAGCACAUAAAACAUGCAAUUCAUAUAAUUCCCGUGAACUGUGAACUUUUGUUCCCCAAUUCUUUUAAAAUGAAUGUUUGUAAUAAAGCUCCAAAUAAGCAUACUCUGCAGUGGAAUUUCACUUGCAGUGAAAUUGUGUUAAUUCUGUUACACAUUAUAGAUCAAGCUUCAGGCAUGGUUGCAGAUAGAGCCAUACUUCUAGUGUGAAUUGCAAAAAGGAAAGCUUAUUUAUUGCUAAGAUGAGACAUAUUCUUCUGAGAACAUGUCCCCUCCCCUACCAAAAAAGGGCACUUUGCACAAUUUUCUCUGAUUUUUCCCCAUUUCCCCACACAGUGCUCCAGAACAACCCUGGCUGCAGAGCACUGUGAAGGAUGCAGAAUGGUGGGCAGGCUGCCAAUAUGCUUAUUGCUGCUGUAACCACUUGCAGCAGCAAUGAAAAAGAAUCAAAGAAACAAACAAAAAGAUUCCCCACCCCUGAGAAACUGUAGGAGAAUUUCUCCCUUGCUGCUCUAACAUUUUGUUGAAGUACUUUCCCCAAUUUCUCUGUCCACAAAUGCAUACAGCUCUACUGUUGGUAAUAACAGAUGUUCAGAUGAAUAGAAGUUCAGUGGUUAAUGUGCAUUAACAACUAGAUACUGUUAGUGUGCAGAACAACCAGAUAUUGCAUAUUUCCUGGUCAAUGUACACAAGCCUUGGGGAAUGUGCACAUCACAGCUAAACUGUGCAUAUUAGGAGAACUUUGCACUAAGAUGCUGAUUAAUUUUAAUGUUUAAAUGAGUUUACAAGUUGUCAUGAAUUUUAUUUUAUUUAUUUUUUAAAAUGCAAACUGAUGUGAAAAUGUGGAGAAAUGAAAGUAAGACUGGGAAAAUGAAACACUGAAACAGACAGAUUCACUCAUCCCUCAUUUCAGCAUAAACCCUGCAUUACUGAGAACAAGUUGUUCUGACCUGCCUGGACUUGCCUUCACAAAGGUUUUGGUUCUAGUCUGUGGUCAUUGAAAAUAUUAGGACAGUUGGAAACAGAAACCACAUUAGAAUAAUUGAGAUUAGAAAAAUAAUAAUCACUGCCCAUCUUUAUCUGGACAUCUUUUUGUUUUUGUUUUUUUCUUCUUCUUUGCAGAAAGCAAACAAAACUUAUUCAGGAACAGCUGAAAGAGACACGAAAUGGGAAAACCUACAGCCUUAAUGCUUCCAGCAUGAUGGCAAAAUCAGAGACCAGGGCCGAAAGCCGAGUCCAGCUGCAAAAUGUAAGUAACUUUGCCAACCUCCAUCCUUAAUUCACUGGUUGAAUGCUUUAAUGCUGAUGGUUUGGGUUCUCGUCACCCCCAGAUGUGCCACUAAUUUGCACCUGUGGUGCUGUGGAAUGGAAAAAAAACCUGAACAGAAUCAUUUUAUUUGUCCAACGGUCUUUGUUAAAACAGUGCAAAUUGGAGCUUUAUUAUGCUGUCUUGUCAUGGUUUGCCAUAUUAAACGCCAGCAUCUGAAUAGAUGUAAAAUUUAUAGGAAAACUUCAGGGAGCAAAAUGGGAUGUAGGAAAAAAAGUUGCCUUGAACAGCCAGCCAUGUUGGCUCAAUGUCUUUGGGAACUAUAUAGCUUUAUGGUGCAAAACAGCAGGCUAUGAGAAAAGACACAUUUAGUUAUCUCCACACAAGGUUUUCAAUUAUAUGCUGGCUAUGUAAGAAACUCCAAAUUAAACAUUAGCCAGAACUAAUUCAGAACUUGGGUCUGGAGGCAGAUGGUUCCUAAGUGGACCCAGGAUGGGUCAGCAUAAUUGAAGGGGUGCUGAAUCAGAGCCCCGGGUUGGACUGUGGGACUGUAAUUAGAGUUGCUAUCUUCUGUAUUGAUCCCCAUUCAUUUGCCUUCAAUAGCAGAAAUCAACAUGUGAUUAUGAUCAGGGUCUCGUGCAAUGACCUUAAAGAUUGGACAGAAGACCAUUCUAGAAGUAAUCUUGUCCUGGGCUGCAUGAUGCUUCAGAGGUUGACACUAUCACACUCUGAACCAAGGAACAAAUCGGAACCAAUGCAGAUCACACAGAGUUGGUUGUAUGAUCCUAGUGCCAAGCUCCCCAUCAAUGUUUUUGAGCCACAUCUUCUCCUGUCCUUUUAUGCUCUUAAAGUAAUUGGGUUCUUUCCUUGAACCAUGGUACUGAUAGUGAUAGGAAUACAUAAAAGUAAUAUCAUCAAAAACCACACACACACACACACACACUCCUACUGCUUCAGUCCUUCAUUAUUUUUGUUGUUGUUUAUCUUAGAAAUGUCACUGCCUUUCCAUGAACAGAUGCAUCGAGGUAGUGGGAUUCAAAGCCCAUAAGCAAGAAUAUUCUCCAUCUCAGUUUUUUAAUGCUCCAUUUUACUGGCGUUGAUAGUUCGUUUCUCUUUCUUCUCACCUCCCGGAAAGACAAGAUUAAUGGGGUGCCUUCAUUAUGCAUUGCAAUUGACUAUCUCGUAAUUGAAGGUUGCGUUCUACUUGAAGGUUACUUUGCAUAACAGCACAGGCUGCACUUUGGGCACACAAAGAGCUUUUGCCCGGACAGAUCUUUCCCCGAAAACCAAAGCCUGGUUUGCCCUGCUGUCUCGUCUACUCGCCAAACUUAAACUGCCUUUCAACAAGUUGAGCCAUUGUUAGAGACAGUCCAAGACAUCUGCUUACCCUCCCUGAUAGUUACAGUCAUAAUAACCAUAAUAAUGAUAACUUGCUACCCCCUCAUGUGGGCCACUUAGUGGGGACUGCGGCUCAUUUGUGGCGGCUUUCAUCUGCCCCCAGUGGGACUGUUAGGGUGCCGACUCCUUUCUGUUCAAAGAUUCCAGACCGCUCAUAGCAUUCAUAGUUCCCGUGACUGAAAGCGGAAUAGCCUAGCUUCAGUAGUCUAUGCUCUGGUAACCGCCAGAUUACAUUACAUUACAAUGUGCUAUAUGUGGCUCCAGAAACUGCAGCUGGUGCACAACACAGCAGUCAAACUGUUAAUGGCGUCUGGCUUGCCCCAACUGCAUUGCCUGCCUAUGCUUUUCUGAGGGCCUCAUUUGCAAAGUGCUGGUUUCCCCCCACAAGCUGACCCCAAAUAAUACUGCUCUGAGUAAUUUAGGGGUUAAGAAAACAACAACUUAAAUAAUAAUAAUAAUAAUAAUAAUAAUAAUAAUAAUAAUAAUAAUUUAUUAUUUAUACCCCGCCCAUCUGGCUGGGCUUCCCCCAGCCACUCUGGGCGGCUUCCAAAAGAAUAUUAAAAUACUAUAAUACAUCAAACAUUAAAAGCUUUAAAAAAUGGCCACCAGCAGCUGCAAAAUAGAGUUUUACAAAAUGGAAGCUGCUCUGGUUAGCACUGUGUCAGAUAAGAUCUGGCAUCCACCCCACCUCAAAAAAGUGGGCAUGGCCAGAACCCAAGGAGGGCUCUUUACUGUUCUCUUUUCUCCCUCUCCCCACCAAACCCCCUUCCUCCCUGCCCAGCAGACUGCUGGAACCAAAACUUGAUUGAUCUUGCCAGCAGUCUGAACUGAUCACUUGCAGGCAGCUUUCAGCAUUAGACCUAGGGCUUGGGCUUUUCAGCCAGAACUCACCAGAACUCAGUCUUGGCGCCAUUAUAAGAGAACAAGAGAGGCGUUUAUGUUGAGUUCUGGCACCUCUUUUUCUAGAAAAAUAGCACUGCCUAUCGCCAUAGGUUGCCACCCCAUGGUGGAUUAGGACUCCCUGCCCCAUCAUUUCUACCCAUAGCUUGGUAUACUAUUGUACCUUAGCGUUCUGACAGGCUGGAUUUGCCUGGCAGAAAGACCCUUCUGUACAUAUGUGCCAAAUUCAAUGUCCCUUUGGGAUCUUGUUUUCAAGAGACCAUGCUAUGUAAAUGCAAGGAAGUGACUCUAAUCCUGUCACUUCCUUUUUGCAGCUCGUUUUAAAUGCAUUGCAAAUUUGCUUUUCACUUCAGCUAGCCUCAUUUAUGUUUUCAACUGUUUGCAUAACUGCAGUUAAAAAAUACCACAGUCCUUCCUUCUCUUCCCUCGCUCACCUCUGUGCCAACAAAAGCUUCAAUAGCUUGAUUAUCAAAUCUGCAUGCAAGGUUAAAAACAUGGAUGUUUGCUUUCAAGAGGUGUUUUUCAUCUGUGACACAGCACUUCACACAGCGCUUUAAAAUGGCAUGUUUUCUCAUUUGCAUUCUUCUUUCAAACUGCUCAAUAAAUUGCAAGCUCCCUAAAUUCACUGAAGGUUCAGAUUAGGAGGGUUACAGUUGACAUUAUACUUCUCACGCUGUAAGAUGUGGAACUAAUACUUACGAUCGGCAACACUAUAUUUAGGAAGUAACAGACAUACCUAAUUAUAUAACAUUUAAGAGUCUUUUCAGUCUUUAUUUUCUAAGAGAAAAUUAGGUACAUAUUUCAGAUUUCAGGGACAGCCAGCUUCUGUAUUCUUGAUGGCUACUAUUUUCUUCAUCUGGUUGGGCCCUGUGAGAAUAGGGUGCCAGAAUAGAUGAGCCUUUGGUUCUCCUUAUGCUCAGAUACCAGUCUGGAAGUUGGCAUUGUCUACCCCUAUUUCUUUAAAAAAAAUCAAAAAUAAAAAAUCAAAGCAUUUCCCAAAAAUUAUAAAUCAGUAAAAACCCUGGACCUGUUUAGGACUUCCGGGGUGGCGCCAUCGGCAAUGGCGGACUCCCUCUGAUCUGGAGGGACUAGCUCCGCGCGAAACGGGUCUUCUCCGCUACGGCGAAGCGGGGACCCUUUCAAAAAUCACAGCCGGAUGACGCCUCUGACCAUCGGACUCGGCGGGCACCCUUAGCGCCCCCAACCCGCAAAGGAACCCACUAACGGGCUCCAGGCGAAGAGGGGAAGUGGCGCGGUGCUGAGAGUCAACUGCUAUUUCCGUGGAGCGAAGCCGCAUAGCUGUUGCCGGAGAGCGCUGCCUUUUUCCUGGGACAAUUUGGCUUCUAAAAUAAUCACCCGUGAGUACUUAAAUUUCGGACAAUUGGACUUUAAAUAAGGACUUGCGAGCAGAAAGGAAUUGGACUUAAAAAUUUACUUCAAUUUGGCACUGAAACGGGAAGGUCUAAACAGGAAGUCAGCCUUCCGUUUCUUUGUAGACAGAAUAAAGCAAAGACAACGUAAACUAGAGCUCAGAAAAUAGCUUCUAAAAGAUUAACUUUCAUCAUUUUAAAAUUGUUGAACCCCCCUUCGGAAGCAGGAGAAGAAGGGGAUCUUUUCGGACUGUUUAAACCUGCAGAAGUGAGUUUAAAGUAAAGUAACUUUCCACCGUCCUGAUCCUGGAGCGGGGUGUCAGGACUGACGUUUGAAGCUCAUUGACCAGAGACAAACGUUUUUGACAGAUAGCUAAAAGAAGAGAAACAUAGUGAUUCCACUGUUCCCUUUCGCAUUUUAAAGGAACAAAUAUUGACAAAAUAUCUCAAAAAGGAAACUUUGUUGCUAGAUUUGUACUUAAAAGAAAGAACAAAUAGAAGUUUUCCCCCUAGAGGGAGACUGUGAAACUGUAACUAAUUCCAGGGAGCUUGCAGCUGUUACAGAUUACAAUCGUGGGAAUAGACCUGUGACCUUGUAGGACAAUGUAUUCAGAAGCUCUGUGGUGUGCUCUCUGUAAAACAAAUGCCCUACUGGAACAGUUAAAUGAGAAGACGGAUUUGAUGACUAAUGCGGUCAGAAUUUUGAACAGGCAGUGAGAAACUAUAUGGAGCCCACCCAGGAAUCAAAUCAGAGUGUGCCCUGACAGAACAGAUGAGAGAAGAGGAUGUUGCUGAAUUUUGGGCGCCAGAGAUGGAGGGAGCUGUGGCCCUGCAGGAACAUGAGCUUUUGGACUUGACAAAUGAACUUGGAAAAGCCAGAUUUGGAAAGAUAAAGUUUGGACUGGUUUGGAAAUGGGGGGUUGGAUAGACCCCCUAUGCAGGGAUGUUUGGACUUUCCAAGUCUGGCAAUGGGCCGUGAGAUGUUUGGGGCUGUGGGGCUCUUAAUUUUGGAGGGAUUCUGAAACAUGUUUUCAAAUACCACAUGGAGUUUAGUCUGGUCUUUGGAAAAGGGGCUGAUUUGUUGAAAAGGGUCAAAAACAUUACCAAGCUGGAGUUCCCACAAGUGAAAGGAGAAUAUGAAGAAGGGACAUGGAAGAGACUUAAGGGCCUCGGAUAUAAGGUUACCAGGUUAAUGCACUAGAUCAAUGGGAUAAAAAGGACUGACAAAACCCGGGACCAGGAGGAAAGGACGCUGGAUGAAGAUUGGAUUGUUUUUAUUUCUUUUUUAUUAUUAGGAUUGUUUUAUAAAAUUGAUGAAUGUUAGAAAAAUGUUGGAACGAAAUUACUUGGCUCUAGCAAAAAUGUUUAAAGAAUUAGGUAAGAAUAUUAUGGUUAUGAGAAGUUGGUAAAAAUAAGAUUUAAGUUUUAAGUUUUAAGGUUUUCUAUAAGAUAAGAUGAAAAUAGAUUAAGGUAAUGUAAUGACAGAAUAUUAUGAAAUAUGGAAAGGAUUUGCUGCGAUAAUUAAUAACUAGGAUGCUUACAAAGGGAGGAGGAGGAGGUAAAAGAGAGAAGGUAAUGAAAGUUGAGGAUUCGAGAAUGAUGGAUUUGUUUUUAUCUGUUUGUGGUGUAUUUUUGUUUUUUGAAUCUGCAUUGUUUGAUGUGGUUUGUUUUCUCUUUGUUUUCUCUUUUUUCUUUUUCUGCUGUGUUUUUUUCUGUAAUUUAAAAAAAUUUCAAUAAAUAUCAUUUAAAAAAAAGGGAUUUGUAAAUUAAUACAGGGAACUUGAACCAGGCUCAGUAGUAGAUGGGGAUGUUUUAACAGUUUUGUCCCAUGUUGGUGGCUUUGUGUUCCCCAUCAGCAGUCUAGCCACCACAUUCUGCCCCAUCUGGAUAUUCUGGGCCAGGUCCAAGGGAAACCCUACAUGGAGUUCACUGCAGUAAUCCACCCUCAAGGUUACCAGUGUAUCAUCUACAGUGGUCAGGCUAUCUCAGUCCAAGAAUGUUCAUAUUUGGUGAACCAGGCAAAGCAGGUAAAAGGCUCACCUACCCAAAGAGGAUACGUGGGCCUGUUGUGACAAUGUUGUGUUCAAGAGUACCCUAGAGCUGUGUAUCUGCUGCUGCAGCCGGAGUGUGACUCUGUCCAGAAUGGGCAUUUUUCAGACAUGAGAACAACCUACCCCAAGAGUCUGCAUCUUUUCUGGAUUCAAGCACAGUUUCUUGGCCCUCCUCAGAUCCACCACUGCAUUUAGAAAUCAGUCUAGAGCUUUAACAAUCUCUCCUGAUUCAGAUAUUAUGGAGAAACAGAGCUGUGUGUUUUCUGUUGGAAAUGACUUCGGAAGAACAGUAUGGACCAGUAUGUGUGGUUCCUAUGAAUUUAUUAUUGGGGGAGAACUGAAAAGCUAGAGAUGGCAUGCAAUGGGAUGGGAUGGACCUGUGACUGAGUGCCACUAAGACUUUAAAAAGGCAGUUUUUCUUCAAAUCACAUUACUGUAUAGUAUGUCCCUACAAUUGAUGGGGGAGAAAUUCUUUGGUUGGCUUUCCUCAGUGGGCUAACUUGAACCAACCCUCUUGAAUUUGCUUGUAGAUCAGAAGUCAGAUUGCACAUUUAUCUGAAUUUUGUAAUGAAGUUUUGGCAUGUAGAAAGUCCACAAAGAUGCAUAUUACAUUAAAAGUGUAUACCAACUGUGUACAACUUAAAUACUUUUUGUGCAUACUUUCAAAACAUUUGAAGUAGGCUGCUCAGUCCACCCAUAGCUCUUGCCUACAAGAAUAUUCCUUGUACACAGACAACAAUGUUAGGGAGAAAGGAUGCAGCCUAGCAUUCUUCUUGAGCUGCUAAUAUUCUGUGUCAAUAUUUUGUCUUAUUUUCAUUUCCAUGGAAAUGUGUGAAACACCUAUGUUCCUCUCAGUGAAGCACAUUUCUAUUUACUGAGGUUGGAAAGGGAAUAAAUAAGUAUUAAUUGAUUGAAAACCAAUAUAUAGUCAUGGAAGUACAUAACUGAAAGGUAAAGUUAAAGGUAAAGGACACAUGACAGUUAAGUCCAGUCACGAACGAAUUUGGGGUUGCGGCAUUCAUCUCGCUUUACUGGCCAAGGGAGCUGAUGUUUGUCCGCAGACAGUUUUUCCGGGCCAUGUGGCCAGCAUGACUAAGCCGCUUCUGGUGAAACCAAAGCAGCACACGGAAACACCAUUACCUUCCCACCGGAGUGGUACCUAUUUAUCUACUUGCACUUUGACGUGCUUUCGAACUGCUAGGUAACCGAAAGGUACCUUAGUGUUAUUUGCUCCAAACAUCAGCUCCCUACUCAUGGAUGGAAACUUAAGAAACUUUUGCAAAUAAGAACCAAUCUAUAAAAAUUAUAAGAGAAUGGCAUGUAGUUGGAGGAGAGGGAAGAUUGUUCCAUCUUGUGCUGAUGGAACAAUCUCCUUAGCACCACAUUGAAUUCCAUCCCACAUAGCCAUAACUAUAAAGUUCAGUUAGUUUUAAAGGUUUACUCUUUUUUUAAAAAAAAAUAAAUAAUAUUUAUUAUUUUUCCAAAAACACUAAUAAAAAGGCGAAAAAAAGAAAAAGAAAAACAAUACAAUACAACACAAUACAUCAAAUUAACAAAACAAGACAAAGACAAUAAAAUAAAUCAAUUUCAUUAUCCCAUCUUUCCUUCACUUGUUUCCACGACCUCCUCACACCUCCCUUUUUGUAUUCCACUUCUGUUAAUUAUUUCAGCAAUUCCUUUCCAUCUUCCUCUGUUUUCUAUCCUAUAAUUAUCUUAGCUCAUUCUAAUCUUAUUUUUUCCCUUUAAUACUCUAUUAACCUAUCUGUACUUAAUUCCUUAUAAUAUUUCUACUAAAGCCAUAUAACUUCAUUUCAACAUUUUUCUAACAUUCAUUAAUUUUACAAUAUUUCUGUAGAUAGUCUUUAAACUUUUUCCAAUCUUCUUCCACCAACUCCUCUCCCUGGUCUCGGAUUCUGCCAGUCAUUUCCGCCAGUUCCAUGUAGUCCAUCAACUUCAUCUGCCAUUCUUCCCGGGUGGGCAAAUCUUGUGUCUUCCAAUACUUCGCAAUAAGUAUUCUUGCUGCUGUUGUUGCGUACAUAAAAAAAGUUCUAUCCUUCUUUGGCACCAAUUGCCGACUAUGCCCAGGAGAAAGGCCUCUGGUUUCUUCAAGAAGGUAUAUUUAAAUACCUUUUUCAUUUCAUGAUAAAUCAUCUCCCAGAAUGUCUUAAUCCUUGGGCACGUCCACCAAAGGUGAAAGAAUGUGCCUUCAAUCUCAUUACAUUUCCAACAUUUAUUGUCAGGCAAAUGGUAAAUUUUUGCAAGCUUGACUGGUGUCAUGUACCACCUAUAAAUCAUUUUCAUCUUAAGGCAUUACAUGCCGUAAAUUUCAAGCCUGUAGUCCAUAACUGUUCCCAGUCAACCAUCAUUAUAUUAUGUCCAACAUCUUGUGCCCAUUUAAUCAUAGCCAAUUUCACCGUUUCAUCCUGAGUGUUCCAUUUCAACAGGAAGUUAUACAUUUUUGACAAAUUCUUGAUUUUGGAAUCUAACAAUUCUGUUUCCAAUUUUGAUUUUUCCACUUGGAAACCAACUUGGAAACCAACUUUUUUGUCCAAAUUAUAUGCCUCCAUUAUUUGAUAAUAAUGGAGCCAAUCUCGCACUUUAUUUUUCAAAGCUCUGCAAUUUUAGUCUGUCUCCCUCUUGUUCCAGAAUUUCCCAAUAUUUCGGCCAUUUGGCCUCCCUAUUGAGUUUUUUCUGUGCCUUCGCUUCCAUUGGUGACAACCAUCUUGGGGUUUUCUUUUCUAACAAAUCUUUAUAUCUUAUCCAUACAUUAAGCAGUGCUUUUCUGACAAUAUGAUUUUUAAACGCUUUAUGUGCUUUUACCUUAUCGUACCACAAAUAUGCAUGCCAACCAAAUACAUUAUUAAAACCUUCUAAAUCCAACACAUCAGUGUUUUCAAGUAGCAGCCAUUCUCUCAGCCAACAAAAAGCAGCUGAUUCAUAAUAGAGUUUUAGGUCUGGCAGGGCAAAUCCACCUCUUUCUUUAGCAUCAGUUAAUAUCUUAAAUUUUAUUCGAGGCUUCUUGCCCUGCCAAACAAAUCUGGAAAUAUCUUUCUGCCACUUCUUGAAACAAUCCAUCUUAUCCAGAAUUUGUAAUGUUUGGAACAAGAACAACAUCCUUGGCAGCACAUUCAUUUUUAUCACAGCAAUUCGGCCCAACAAUGAUAACUUCAAAUUUGACCAUAUUUCUAAGUCUUUUUUCACUUCAAUCCAACAUUUUUCAUAAUUAUCCUUAAAUAAAUUUACAUUUUUUUGCUGUCAUAUUAACCCCUAAAUAUUUCACUUUCUUAACCAAUGUUAGUCCUGUCUCUUCCUGAAAUUUCUCUCUCUCAUUUGCAGUUAAAUUUUUCUCUAAAACCUUAGUUUUCAUCUUACUCAGCUUAAAACCUGCUACUUGCCCAAAUUCUUGAAUCAGUUCCAAUACCCCUUUUGUGCUAGAUUCUGGUUCCUGUAGGGUCAAUACUAGAUCAUCAGCAAAUGCUUUCAAUUUAUACUGUUUAACUCCUACUUGUAUACCUUUGAUCUCUUGGUUCUUUCUUAACAUGUUUAACAAAACCUCAAGAACCAAUAUAAAAAGCAGUGGAGAAAUUGGGCAACCUUGUCGUGUCCCUUUCUCAAUCUUAAACUCUUCUGUCACUACAUUAUUCACAAUUAAUUUUGCCUUUUGUUCUGAAUAAAUUGCACCUAUACCAUUUUCAAAACCUUAGCCUACCCCCAUCCCCUGUAGGUUCUUCUUCAUAAAUGUUGUCAAAUGCUUUCUCCGUGUCCACAAAUAUCAAGACAGCCUUGGUAUUAAUAUUCACUUGAAGUUUUUCCAAAAUAUUAAUUAUGUUCCUCGUAUUAUCAGACAAAUGUCUGCCCGGGUGAAAGCCCGCUUGAUCUUUAUGAAUUUCUUCUACUAACACCUUUUUAAAUCUUCUGGCCAAAAUGUCUGCAAAAAUUUUAUAAUCCACAUUUAGCAGCGAUAUGGGGCGGUCGUUUUUGAGCUGUGUCUUUUCAGUCUCUGUUUUCGGUAUAAGUGUAAUGUAAGCUUCCUUCCACGACUCUGGUGCCUUUCUUCCUUCCAAUAUUUCAUUACAGACUUCCUUCAAUGGUUGUAUUAGCCAAUCUUUCAAAGAUCUGUAAUAGAAAGGUUUACUCUUAAUAUGAUGAUAAACUGGCUCCAACUCUCUGUUACAUUCAGUUGAGCCACAAAUGCAGCUUCCUGGCCCAAUAUCUAAUGGACAAAGGUUGAACCUCUGUACCAUCUGAGGACCAGAAUUUUAAUCCCCCCUCCCCGCAAAUCUCUUUCUAGCCUAAUCCCUCAUGGUGUCAUGCACGGUUUCAUGAAGAUGGAAGAAGGGGCGAAUGAAAUUUCAUUUCAGCACUGAGCAGAGGGUAUACAUGAUGGAACAGGCAGGAUCAGUGUUGUUGCAGCAUUUGCUGGUGCCUGGGCAUGCACCUGCAUGGGGGCGCCUGGUUCAUGAUCCCUCAAAAUCAUGCUCCUAAGGCUAUGGCCUCCCUGCUCCAUGACCCCUCAUGCUACAGCCCUGGGCAGGAUUAGUGGCUAUGGGGAUUUGUCACUUUUGAGAGACAUAAGAACAUUAGAGGAGAGUUUUUCACUUCCAGCAAAGUUAUAAUAGGGAACACCCAUCUGUGUUUCAUAUCACUGUCUCAAGCAACGGCCACUACCACCUACUGUAACUGGUGGCAGUUUUGCCAUUCAGGAAGGAGUAUUUUCCAGCUGUGCUAUAUGCAGUCUUUUAAUUGGAAGUCUGCUAGAGAGUGAACCUGGAACUUUAUGCAGGCAAAGCACAUGAUUUGUUGCUGAACUGCGGUUCAUUUCCUAUUCUAUACAUCACCAUUAGCUACCAUUUCUAUUACAGCUGACAUGUAGUGCCUUUCCUCCACCAACUAUCAAAGUGUUUCGCAGAUGAAGGCAGCAAUCCUCUCUUAAACAAACUAGGAAACAGGACCAACCAAGAUCACACUGCUGAUUCUAUGACAGUGUGAGGGGUUGAAAUUGGCUGUGAGGCCAGUCUCCUCUGUGUUUGGACCAUGCUAUUUCCAUUGAUUUCUUUAGGACAGCCAGCCUUGGGAGGUAGGAGUGGAAAAUUGCUAGUGAGUGGCUAGGUAAUUGCAUUUGACAGUUGAUUUUCUCCAUGAAACUGUGAAUAAUUGGAAAAUUUGCACAAAAGCUUAUUUUUAAAUGCUAUCAUUAUUCAUUAAUUUAUUUAACUACAUGCCUCAAAAGUGCUUUUCAGUAAUUGCUCUAACAACAAGCACAAAUAUAAUCAGCCAGGAGACAAUAAGCACUUUCACAAUAAUAGCACAAUUAAGCCUUUUACUGUACCAAAAUGCCAAGCUGAUCUAGUAGCCAGAGCAAAUUCGCUGCACUUGGACAGGGUAUUGGGUCGCUUGCCAUGUGGAGCAAAAGCAUUUUCAAAGUGCACUCGGCGAUUCUGACCAAAAGUGAAAGGACAAAUCAUGCACAGAUUCCAGCUCUGAACAUGGGCCUUUAAACAUGUAAGGAAAUUGAAAAUAAGCACAGAUGAGGAAGGAGGAGCAAGAAAGUGGAACCUUUUCUUGAAUUUGCUCCUCAAAGUAACAACUUUAUGGCUUCUUCAGCAACACUCCCGCACCAGUGAAAUCUGGCUAGAAGGGGCUUGACCCCUAUUGCACAAGGUUCAAGAGGGUGGUAAAUUGGUGAAAUAUUUUCAGCAGGGAGCCGGUCCACUGUCCCUCAGACCUUGUGGGGGGGCAGACUAUAUUUUGAAGGGGGGGAAUGAACAAAUUCCUAUGCCCCACAAAUAACCCAGAGAUGCAUUUUAAAUAAAAGCACACAUUCUCAUGUAAAAACACCAGGCAGGCCCCACAAAUAACCCAGAGAUACAUUCUAAAUAAAAGGACACAUUCUACUCAUGUAAAAACAUGUUGAUUGCCAGACCGUCUGUGGGCCAGAUUUAGAAGGUGAUUGGGCCGGAUCCAGCCCCGGGCCUUAGUUUGCCUACCCAUGGGUUAAAUGGCCUUGUGCAGCCCCAUCAAUGGGCAGCCAGCAUUUGCACCAGCAGGGACAGCUCACCCAUGAAGCAAGGUUAGGCAGCUGCCUUGGGUGGCAGGAUUCACAGGAGCAGAAAAUCCAGCCUCCAAGGAAUGCAUCACCCACUGUCAGUGUUGCCACUUCUACUGCAAUAAUGCUAGAAAAAGGCAACCUGUGCAAAACGCCAGCACCCUGUCUCUACAACUCUACUAGCAUCUCUCAGUAUUGUGAAUAUCACCGAACUUACCUUUUGUUGGUAUCUUCAUGAACUUAUCUAAAAGACCGAGUUAAGUAUUUGAAAAAUCUAUUGAAACCAGACAUUAUAAGUUCAUUUUAGGCUGGGUAGUUCGCAAGUCUUUGUGGCUUUGUUUAAUGUUUUGUAUUUUUCUCAGAAGGUUGAUAAAGUAUGUAUAAUUAUGAGUUGCACUACUUCUACUGCAAUGGCAGCAACAGGAGUGUCCUCCUUAGAGGCCAGAUCUGCCAUCACCUCAAUGCAGCCUCGACAGUGGCCUCUUGGGGAAUAGGAGGCUCUGCGGUCUCCUCCCACACUUGCUGCCAAUAUAGAUCUUUAUCCCGCCGCCCCCCGCCCAUUUCCUGGAAGGGGGAAGGCACCAUUUUGUGGUUUGCCUCAGGUGCCAAAAGGUCUGGCACUGAGCACAAGUGCUUAAAGGGGCCAGUCCUUCUCCUGGGUCUUGGCAGGAGUCAACUGACUUGGCUCACUUCACUUUCAGGCAGUGCAAUAUCAGCAGGCAGGGCCAAGCAAGUAGUAACUCUUUUUUUUAGUUUAACAUUUCCAUAGUGGCCAAGGGAUGGGACAGGACCCCUUUUCUGCCUUCUAGGGGACAGCUGUUGGACAGGAGGAGCUAGAAACAGGUAGAGACAUCACAUAGUAGUAAUGCUCAACCUGGAGUAGUCAGUCUGUCACUCUCCCAAAUUCAGAAUGGCAGUUCAGGGAAUCCUGGCAAUGAAAAGUUAACUCCAGUGGCUAGAGGACAGGUGCAGAGGCAAGAUGGAUGCAGCUCAUGGCUUACUUUCCACAGUGUGUUUGACAAUUUCCCAAGAUCUGCAGUCCAAGGUAGUGUAACUGUUGCUUCAGUCCAGCAAGUAGCCAUACACGUGGAUUUUGUCCACAUAUUACCUAGGGAAACGUGGGUGGCACUGUGGUCUAAACCACUGAGCCUCUUGAAUUUGCUAAUCAGAAGGUUAGCAGUUCAAAUCCCAGCAGGGUGAGCUCCCAUUGCUCAGUCCCAGUUCCUGCCAAUCUAGCAGUUCGAAAGCACACCAGUGCAAGUAGGUAAAUAGGUUCCGCUGCGACGGGAAGGUAAACGGUGUUUCUGUGCACUCUGGUUUCCAUCACAGAGUUCCAUUGUGGCAGAAGCGGUUUAGUCAUGCUGACCACUUGAGCUGGAAAGCUGUCUGUGGACAAACACCAGCUCCCUCAGCCUAAAAGUGAGAUGAGCUCUGCAACCCCAUAGUCACUUUUGACUGGACUUAACCAUCCAGGAGACCUUUACCUUUACUUUUUACCUUUACCUUUAUUACCUAGCUAGAAAUCCCAUAGGAGACACAAGGUUCCCCCAAGCAAGGACAGUGUCUACACAUGGCAUUUCUUAAAAGCUAAAAGCACACUAUGAAGAGGAACCAGGGGGCAGUCUCUUUUGCUUUCCUUCCAGUUCCUACCCUGUGCUGCCUGGGAAUUUUUAGAAAUCAAAAAAUAUUUUGAUUUUUAAAUGGAUAGGAUAAUUUGUGAGUUGGGACCUAUCACAAAAACAUGACAGAAGUCACACCAAUGUCACAUUUUGGUCUGCCACCUUGGUUCAAAAUGGCACCUGGCAUCCAAACAUCAACAAAAGCUGCUGCCCGCAGUUCGGGAACUCUUGUGCUGAGUUUGGCAAUGAUAUCUCAAGCGGCAGCUGAACCUAUGCCAAAAAAUAGGUGAAGUUAUGCCCAAGUCACAUUUGGGUGCACCAUCUGGACUCAAAAUGGUGGCCUGUGGCCCAGCGUUGACGAUGACCACCAUCCCCACCUCAGGAACCCUCAUGCCGAGUGUGCUGACAGUAUGUCGAGAGGCAGCCCAACAGACAAGUGGACAUACAGACAAGCCACCUUUUAAAAUAUGUCCUAGAUGAAGGAUUCUGCUGGUAGUUCUAGUUGUCCCAGCCACAUGGUCAGGGCCGGAUUUAGGUUUGAUGAGGCCCUAAGCUACUGAAGGUAAUGGGGCCCUUUAUAUGUCCAACUGCCCUUUGUCAACAAAAUAUGUAUUUUAUCAAAGUAAUUGUUGAACUGAAAUACAAUUAAGAAGUAUAUUAAUAGUGAAAUACAACUAAGAAGAAGUAUAUUUUUUGGGAGGGCCCAAGAGAGUGGGGCGCUAAGCUUGUUUAGCUUAUACGUAAAUCCAGUACUGCGCAUGGUGCUAGAUUGGAGCCAGGCAUUGUGAACCUAUUGUGAGUCAGUAUGCAUGGCUGGUAGUUUAUGCUAUGGGUUUUUGGGGGGGUUUUUAGCUCUUGGUUGUUUAAAAAUCUAAGAGACUUGUGUACUUUUUUGGGGAAAAGUUAUUUUAAAAACAAUUAUUAAUAAAGUAUUAUUUUACAUUCCUCCUGGUGUUUGUGUGCAGGGUGCAGGUUCAGUUUUGAAAAGUUCUAUUGAAAGUGUGAAAUAUUUUCCUUUUCCUCCCUGCUACCUCUGUAUUUCACGGUUACCUUGUACCCCUCCUCCACCACCCUCUUUUAAUAAAUCCAGCUUUUGUUUUCUGAGAAGCCUUCAGCAGUGCAGAAUUUUAAUUCACGCUGAAUAGCAUAAUGAUAGACCUUUACCUGUUUAGACUUCUAUUUAUUUGAAAGACAACCCAUUUCAUCUCAGUUACAUAAAAUGGUUUAAAAUGCCAUAUCUGUAAAGUUUCUUUUAGGCAGUUGAUUUUUAUCCAUGAGAAGUCUUGGAACUAACGGUUUUAUGAGUCAUAAAAUUAUUAUUAUUGCAGAGGGCCUUCUUGGUAGUGGCACCCGCCCUAUAAACCCCCCUCCCAUCAGAUGUCAAGGAAAUAAACUUUUAGAAGACAUCUGAAGGCAACCUUGUAUUGGGGAAAAUUUAAAAGUCUAAUGUUUUACAAUUUUUUAUGUGCUGUAAACUGCCCAGAGUGGCUGGGGAAACCCAGCCAGAUGGGCGGGAUAUAAAUAAUAAAAUUAUUAUUAUUAUUUGCCCUGUGCCUGGGCAUCAAGUGACAAAACAGAUUAGAUGGAUUGAGCUGAGGGCCACAUCUUUAUUUAGUGAUAUUCAUUGAUUUUCAGAAUACUUGACUAAAGAUCUGCCAAAUAUCUCACCAACCUAACUGACUUGCAAAGAGAGAAAAAGGAAAUAGGGUGUCCUGCACAACUCACCUUGUUUGACAAUCCUGUCUUAGCUUACAUCAUUCUAGCUGUAAUUGUCCCACUCUUUGCUUUUCAUAGUCUAUGCACUCUCAGAAAGAGGCUGCAGAGAUUCUGCCAGGGUCCCCAUUUUCCACUGACUAGUGGGACCACCGGGCCAAAGCCUGCUCCCUCUUCCAGAUCCCUUCAAGCUAUUAAGUCUUGAGCAGUUCAUUAAAAGAGGGGUGGGAAGCCUGUAUUGGACUCCAACUCUCAAUAUCCCUGAACACUGUCCAUGCUAUCUGGGGCCUAUGGGAGUCAGAAUCCAUGUGGAUUCCAACUCUCAUAGGUCCCAGAUACCACGGACAGUGUUCCUGGUAGAGCAGCCAAUUGCUAAAGAGAAAAGUCUAUGUGACUUCAUGCCUCACUUGGCUUGGAGUUGCUUUUUGUAGUACAGUCUGCCACACUAUAAAGGGGGGAAAUAUGCUCAGUUGAUGUCAUGGUGAUGUCAGGUGAUUGGCAGGUGGAUGGGGCCCCGCCCAGCUGUCAAAAUAAUCUACUGAUAUACAAAGGGGAGGAUUCAGAAUGCAAAAUUUGCAUUUUUGAGACAAGCUGUUUUGUUUUUCGUCAAUAGCUAUGCAAAUGUCACCAGAACUGAAAAGGUUUCUCUGUCUCAGUUUAAAUAAAGCAUUAAUAUUUUCCUCAUAAAAUAAUUAGCUGUCAUAAUGCUGAUUAGAACCAGGAGCUGAAACUUUUGCAAACAAUAAAGUGUAUAUAUUCUGUGGCAAACUCUGGCAAAUAACAGUGUGCAUGCACAUAAUAUGUGUAUAUAUUCUGACAAUGCAUCAGUAUAACUCUAUUUUAGUUUUCCCCUGCCUCCAAAUUCCUCCAAUAUAAUUUCCCAGUUAAAUAAUUACACAGCUUCUCAAAAAUGCAGUCCUUGCUAUACAGAAACUGUGCUAUACUGAACACGUGCUGAACCUCAUUAAUCCUCAAAUCAACUUUUCCACACAAGCACACCUGACCCACCAAGCUCUGCUGGAGCUCUGCUGUUGACCUUCAGAUUCCGCAAGGCUCCACAUCCUAUCUAUGGGGUUUCAUUUUAUUUUUCCACAAAUUUGUCCUCCGUUCCCAAACUUCCACAAGCUGCCACGUCUGCAAAUUAUGUUCGUUCCAAUAGCAAUGAAGGAUAGCAUCCUUAUGACAUUGCUUUGUGCAGAAUCAGAUCAUUGGUCUAUCAAUCCCUAGCAUUCUUUAUUUCAAAUGACAGCAGGGGCUCUCUUAAGUUCUCAGAUAGAGGAGUUUUCCCAGUCCUGGUAACUGUUCUCUAACUGGAUAUGAAAUGAUUUAACCUCGGACCUUUGAUUCAUAUAAAGUCCCAGGCUAAAUCCUUUAACACGUUUCUGCGCUUCCAAUUUCCCACCUAGCUGAUAUUGCACAGACAGCAAAAGCGGACCUACAUUUCUCUCUUAGUAUUGCAGGAACAACUUCCUCCCUCCUGAAGAAGGUAGUGUGACAACCUUGUUGUCUUUUAAGGGUUGGCAUAUGAUGUGAUAGGCCCGUUCAAGGCAGCUGAAUGGGUCUCGUGUGAAACAGACAAUGGAAGGUGGUGCCAUCUUCUGCUUCUUCCCAUUCAGCCAAAUUUGUCAUCUGCACUCGCUCCUGUCCCUGGGGAACUGGGGAAUGGAGUCUCAUCACCUGCCUUUGGGUCUACUCUGAACUCUAAGCAUGUAGAUAUAUGUUUCACCAAAUUAGAUUCUCACUGCAAUGCAAUUCAGGGCAGAUGGCAAGGGAGGAGAGAUGUAGGGCACACCAGUAAGCGCCCCACAGCAAUGGAGUCGAGAAGCAAGGCUUACUAUAAUGCCUAGAAGCCACUGACUUUCAGUUGAUGGCCUAUGACUCCGAAUCUGCUUCCGCUAUGGAUUAGCUGCACAACCACAGGGCAGCCCAUCCCAGCAGGGUUGCUUUCACUGCCAGUCAGCUGAUCAGUAGGGAAAGGAAGGCUCCCUUGCCUAUACACAAUUGGGAGCAUCUUUGAAGGCUUCCAUCUCUAACUGUCCCUCACAUAUGAUGUCAGAGGUGUGGCAGGUGGGUGUGGCUUGGGGAGAAGUUCCCAUUGUGCAAUUAUGUGACUUGACAUGGUGAUGUUUUGUGGACAUAUUGUGGUACAAUCCCUGUGGAAAGGAGCCUCAGCAGAACAUAAAUUGGAUCAUUUGGAAAACCUAGACGUUGGGAUAAAGUGAUUGCGUGUUGAGACCCUGAAACCACCCCCUCGUUGAUGAAUAAGACACAAGGACACAGAUAUUAGGUUAAAUGUUGUUGGGCAAAUUUAGGCCACAACUUUAGUGGUUACAGAAUGUGAGUGGUAUUGGCUUAGGCAUUGGACUGACCCGACUAUAUCUGAUUCCUGCCCAUCAUGCAGGGAGUCCGGUAAGGAUCAACCACCGGAAGGGGGAACCCCGUUGAUGCAAACCAACUUGAGCUCCCCCUGGGUUCCUGACGGGGUCGUGGCAUGGCUCUAGCCCUGCCCCAGGCGUCGGACAAGAUCCACACCCCUGGAUUCCUUUAACUGAAUACCCUUAAGCUUGGAGGGGCAGGUGAUGGCCACACCUCCCUUCCCCCAUCAUGAGAUCAACCAAUGCCUAACUGCCAAACCUUACAAAGUUGUGACGAUUGCGUCAGUUUAAAUGGGUCCUGGCCAUGCCUCCCCAGCCAGCGGAUUGGCUGGCCGGAUGAUGACGUGGCUAGGAACCUCCGGGUGACACGGAACUUCAUCCCCCGCCCCCGGAAGGGAGUUGGUGGCCAUGUGGUCCACAGCAACUCCUCACCACAUUGAAGUGGAGCUGAUUUCCUGCCACCUCCUCGCAAAUGAUUAAGUGGGCACAAGAUGUUGGAAAUGGAGACUUGGGGUACAUUUUGGACUAUGGCAAAACAUGUUCUCCAUACACAUGCUUAUGAGGGGAAACUAAAAUAAUGCUAAGUUGGUAUGUAACUCCUGAAAUCAUAAGUAAAGGAAAUGAGAAUUGCCCAAAGACAUGUCGGAAAGAAACAGGAGACUAUAUCACAUAUGGCAGAAGUGCAAUGGGGUAAAGGAAUAUUAGGAAAAGAUUGCAGAUUUAAUAUUAAAAAAUAUUAGGUUAUGAAAUCCCGUAUGAUCCUCUGCUAUUAUUAUUAAAUUAUACUGCUGAGUCAAUGAGGAAAGAACACCAAGAACUAUUUCCUUAUAUGGUUGCUAUAGCAAGUAUGCCAAUAAUAGCUAGUAUUAAUGAAUGGACAGAUGCAAUUUGAGAAUUUGAUUUAAUGUCUAAAUUGACACAUUUAUCAAAGUCAAAAGAAUGCAAAGUGUUUCUGUGGCAAACUGGAUCCCAGUAUAGUCUCAAAGAUGUUCUCAAAGAUGCAGUACAGCUUUGAGAUGUCCUGAAUCUUAAGGAACUGAUUUUGCUUUGGUUUAUCAGUCUUACAUUGCUGUGCAACUUCCCUUAGGAGCAUUGCAUUUGGUUAAUUUUAUCUUUAUUUUUUCUUGAUUGUCACAAUAAUAAAUAAUGGUGAGUUCUUUAACAGAAUGAAGCACCUUCAGAAAUGUAGUUUGUUAAGGGUAUGGAGUACAAUUCCUACCAUUGUUCUUUCCCAAGAUUAUUGGGGGGUGGGAACCAUGAUUGUGACAGUGGUGUAAAUGACUUUGUGUGUGUGUGUGUGACAAAGUGACUGCAAACUCCAACCCCUUAAGGCCAGAGUGGUGGCUCAUUUGUGCUGUGGCAUAGUAUUAGUAAGCCUCCCUGUAAUGACCAAGAGGCAUAUUAUGUAAUCAUUUGAUGGUCUUGCAAGAAACCUAGAGAAUAAAUAAAACAUAUCUGUUGCAAAUAGUCUUUCUCUGUGGGUUUGAUCGUACUUAACUCUGUGCAUUUACCAUUUAUGUACCUACCUCUCUGAAAAGUGCUGCUGCUGCUCAAGUAUAAAUAUCACAAGUGUUCGGGGAGAAAUAAAUACCACAAUUGUUCUCAUUAUAUUGGGUGUGUCUUUUGAGACUUUCAGAGUCUUCUUAAGCAUACUUUAGCAGAACAGCUUGUAAAAUUCUGAAGGACCAGGAGGAUGAACUGUGAAUUGAUGGGAACUGAACUAAAUCCUUUCUGGAGGGGAGGAGCUGGAACUGGAACUAGCUUUCAAAUGAACUUUCCAAGCUCAGGUUCACACAGUGGCCAACCCGAUGUCUGUAGGAAGCUCACAAGCAGAACCCGAAGCACAACACUGCUCUCCCACCUGUAAUUCCCUGCAAAUAGCAGGUAGCUAUUGUGGCUAGUAGCAGAAUAUGCUCACCUGAUCCACCAGGUCUUAUCCCUUGGCACAAUCUAAGCCCACUCCCUGGAUCUGGGAAGCGUACGGUGUUUUUAAGAUCAAAAUCUGGCACCUCCUGCUUUUGUGCCAUGAGCAGACAUUAUCUCACAGUACUUACGUAUACAGAGUCAUAUACAUUGCUAUUAAUGCACCCUUAAUCUCUCUUCCUGCCCCUUGUUUUCUUUGCUACAGUAUUCAAAGGCAAACAGACAUCCAGAGCCAGUGAUGGAAAAAAUGAUGGAAUCUAGCUUUUCAGGAACUCCUUCCUUUCCGGAAGCCUUGUCUCCUGACAGAGGUAGCCAGGCUAUGAAGCCACACAGGUAAGGAAGCGACUCUUAAUUGACAUUUGUUUUGUGAUACAUAUGCAGCACAGUCGUACACAGUGACUAGGGGGACAUUUAAGAGUGUAUGGCAUGGAAGGAGCCUUGAUCUGUUCAUUAAGCAGAUGUCCAGCGUGUCUUCCACUGCAGAUGUAAAACAGCCAUUACUUCUGCUCUCCGCGUUCCACAUUCCUCUCUCUCUUUUUUUCUAAAAGGCCUAGAGGAAGUAUUAAGGAUGCCAUCAAAGCUGUAGUCACAGACCAGUGAAGGAGGCAAUUGUAUUCUGAGAAACCAUCAGAAUAGAAGAUUUCCCCCACUCUCCUGCCUCAUUUCAGUUCAUGAAGUUAAUGACUCAUCUUCUUGUAGGCAGACAGUGAUGACAACGACCAGAUUUUCUCAGUGCCCACCCACCAAACAAAUAAAACUCAAUAUGAAAAAUGGCUGCUUUAUAUAUUCACCUGAGAGCGAACAAUCACCCACCUAGUCUUGCAUCCUUUUCUCACAGUGGCCAACUAGAUGUCCCUCCCCCCAUUGACAAUUCCAGUUUUCUUCACUCCAAUUCUGGGGUGGGGGUUGCUGGAAGGAUCUCUCUGUGGUCCUUAGAACAGAGAUAAUAGAUGACUCUAUCUGAUAUGUUGUCAAGUGAUUGACAGGUGAGCAUUGUUUGCCAAGUGGCUUCGCAGGCCAAACUGAAAGAUUUGGCACACCUCAUUAGAUCUGAGUAUCAGAGGUUCCCCACUGCUGCUAUAAUUCUAGAGACAACACUUCAUCCACCUGACCCCAGGAGAGGUGUGCUAGCCCAAACAAGGGAAGGUCAGAAAAUCCAGAUUCUCUCUGGCAGGGCAAUACAAAAGUCAACGAAUUUGGAAUUCAGAACCAUGGAUAGUGCUCCUGUAAAGGUAAAGGGACCCCUGACAGUUAAGUCCAGUCACAAACAACUCUGGGGUUGCGGUGCUCAUCUCACUUUACAGGCCGAGGGAGCCGGCAUUUGCCUGCAGACAGUUUUUCCAGGUCAUGUGGCCAGCAUGACUAAGCCACUUCUGGUGAAACCAGAGCAGCACACAGAAAUGCUGUUUACCUUCCUGCCGGAGUGGUACCAAUUUAUCUACUUGCACUAUUGGAGGUGCUUUCAAACUGCUAGGUUGGCAGGAGCUGGGACUGAGCAACAGGAGCUCACCCCAUUGCGGGGAUUCGAACUGCCAACCUUUUGAUCGGCAAGCCCUAGGCUCUGUGGUUUAGACUCACGUCCCAUAGUGUUCCUGUACAUGAGGUCAAACAUCCCACUGUGUCAGCAAAGUCCUGGAUCCAUGACCUGAAUUUUAGAGCAGAGUAAGGUAACCAUUGUCUGCAGUCCCAUCCCGGGUGUUGCCUUUUGGCCAGUUAAAGAACCAGUGCCUACUCCCGCAGCCUUUGGUUCUUUCAAUGUGAUGGAGUUUCCAGUUUUGCAGAGCCCUUUGGGUCCUGCAAGCAGUCUGUGGAUCAGCCAUCAGGUAGGCAGAGGUAUCUCAUCAGGGGAGGAGAGACUGGCCCUAGUGCUUGUGAAACCACACAGAAUGGACCAAGGAGUGGAUAUACCUCCACACUUGUCACUGUAGUUGCUGGAGAACUCAGCAUUCAAUUUAAAUAUCCAAAAUCCACAAUGCAUUUUCAGGGUAAGCACAAGGUGAUCUGAUGAUUCUUUAAAAUACUAUUAAAUGUAUUGAAACUAUUUAAAACAGAACUUCCCUUAAUGCAUCCUUUUUAUAAAUAAAAUAAUUCUAUUUAUAUAAAUAUGACCAUUAUCAUAUUUAACUAUAAAUAUGAUAAUGAUCGUAUUUAUAUAAAAAGAAUUAUUUUAUUUAUAAAAAGGAUGCAGUAAUGAAAGUCCUUUUUGCAAGUUUUGGUGUUUUAAAUAUGUGCCUUUGCAGAUUCAUGGGCCUGAUUUGAUUUAUAGGUGAUUGCUUUUGUCAUUUUAUAAUUUACUAUUUAAUACACCAGACCAUUGUUUUUUAGAACAGGCAAUAGACUUCUAAAUGUCAGUGAGUUAUAAGCCUAGCAUUGAUUGUACGCAUUGUGCAGUUGCUUUAUAAGUUAUUUUAUGCUACAAAUACUGUACAAGAGACAGAUUAGUCAUCUGGGGUUUUUCACUUGAUUCUUCUCAGCAGACAGAUAUAGCAUGAUAACAGUAAAUACAUCAUGAUAAACUCUUGCUCGUGCAUUUUUUUUUUUUUAGAUCAGUCUAGGAAAUGCAGGUGCCUGUGUAAAAGUCACCACCAAAUUGAUUCUACCUAAAGCAAAAUUCAGGGCAAAUUCAAAGUCCCGCUCAAGCAAAAUGUCAAUUUGAGUUUUGAGGGAAGGUUAAAGAAUUUCAAUAAGACUUGACGGUGUUUAUCAUGGAAGGCAUUAUAUUCCUUAAGGCAUGAGAAGGGAACUUCUUUUCUGUGAAAGGUCAUUGACCUGCAGGAAAAGUCAAUUGGGAAAUUAUGAAGAAUAUCACUUAUCACUAAAGCUAACUUACAACAAGAUUUAUAAAUGUUUCAGGCUCCCAGCAGAAGUAGAGCCAUUUGCAAAUUACAGAGUAACAAAUCUAGACUUGCCAUCUAGCAUGUGCCCUGCUGGAAGCCCCAGCCAAUUUUGGUUUUCAGGUGAAUGUACAUGUGAGAUACAUACAUUUACCACAUUCACAAGUUACAUAUUUAGGUGCAUACUUAAAACAUUAUUUAGAGCUAUUCAAACAGAAGAGUCUAACCACAAGUCAUAUUGGGUGAGAUCUAUACAAGACCCAUUGACUUUAUUUGAACAUUAACAUGGUCAUCCCAUUGAUAUCAGUGGUUCUCUCUAAGCAUAACUAUGCUUGGAUCCAACCAAUUAUAUUUACUCCUGGAAUUUGUGAGACAUUCACCAAGGCUUGGGUCUCACAACUAUAGAGUUUCUGUGCACAGUUUCACUAGACAUAUCCACCCCUCUCCUCCUUUAUAAUUCCACUGAUGUUUUGUCCAUUCAAGAACUUCUGUAUACACCUUUGAAAUUCAUUUUAGCUGAAAAUUGCUGGAGUAAUCUAGUGUAUCCUGACUCAUAUCCACAUUCACAGAUUCUCUGAAAAAGAUGCUGGACAUCCCAUGCCAGCAAAGUCUUUAUUCUGAAAAGCAAUCCAAACAGGAGCUUAAAUUUAAAAAUAUAAGAGUGCAUGGCUGCACUCUUUUCACAUACUUGAAACAAUUGUGGACUUACUCUGACAUAAAUAUUGUUAGUACUGAGGUAUAAAUUCUCGAUUCCAGUGUUGUCGCUUAAUUUCUUCUGCUAUGUUUUCUUUAUUUUCUUAACUAUCUUCUUUUUCCCACUGGUUCUUAAGAAGCAUUGUGGUGAACCUACCAGGAACUCUUGAAAUCAAUUGAACUUAAGCAUUUCGCCACAUGCAUUCAAUCCUGUUCUUUCCAGUGAGUAUUAAGAAAGCUUAGCUUCCUCUGGAUAGCACCCAGUGAAGCUUAAUAGAGAGGAUGUUUGACACAUGCAAGUCCCAUUAAAAUCAGUGGGAUUUAAUCACAUAGUUAAACAGUUGAGUCUCGUUUAUUUCAAUUAGGGAGGUGCAAAAUCAGUCCCUUAAUUUCCACUGCCUUUUCCGCUUGAAUAAAUACCAAAUAUCUCAGAUAUCUUUGCUUUUCUGAGCAUUCUCUGCGUUGGUCAAGUACUUGGUUUCCCACCCCAAAAUGUCGCACAAACUGGUGCGCAUUAUAGCACAAAAUGUGCUUAAGUGUUGAAAUGGGCACACCCGUUUCCUUUCUCUUUUUCUACCUUGCCUCAGAGUACAAGCACAAGUGCAGUAAGUUGGAUUUGCAGACCCAUAAACAUGGAUUUAUCCUGCAAAAUGUCAGCUAAGAUUAUUAGAUAAAUAGAUAGUUAGAUUUGCUUGUUUCUCUCGCAUCCACAUCUCCCAUAUACCUACUAAUCUUGCUUUAAAUCCAAAAUUGAAGCUUAGUUACUUGUGACUAGUUGCUUAGAUGUGAAUCCGAAUUCUCAUUGGAAUUCUCAGCCCAUGUUCCAGGGAGAAAUACAUUUCCAAGUUCUGUUCAUUUCUUGUUCAGUGGGUUUGUCUCUGCCUUGACUUCUGCUAGUCCUGGAUUUUAGCUUCACCGGAAGAAUGUCUGGAACAAUGUUUUUCCCUGGAACAUGUGCAGCUUGUCACAGUUUUCAGUUCCUCCUAUUCUUUUGCAACCUUUCCCCAGGCCAUAGUACCAACAUGUGCAUGUACAUUGGCAGAACACUGCAAAAACACAAUCUUAGUGUGAUUCACUAACUUAGACUCCUGAAAAAUGGGUUGUGUUUUUUUGGGGGGGGGUAUGGAUUUUCUACCCUGGGCUAAAUUUAAAUGUAUCCUGAUAUCAUAAAAUGCCCCCAAACAGCUAUGGAUGCCAUCUCAGAAGGAAAGGCACUAAAGUCUGCUUCCCCGAAAAAGUCACACAAUUGGUGUCUGGUCUCCCCCCCUUUUUAAACCCCCAAUACAUUAACAUUAGCUAGGACAAAAUAAAAGUAAAACACCCCAGUGGCAAUAAUCAAUAGAUUUAUUGGCCUUCUUUUUUGUCUCAGACUUUUCUUGGUUUUCAAAAAUAAAACUGCUGGAACUCUUAAAUCUGUAUCCCUGGAUUAAUUUUUUAGGGUUUUUGUUGUUGUUGUUUGGGGAAAAGGUUGGCAAAAACAACAAAAUGCACCCAAUAUAAAAUUCAGGGAGUUUUCUUAUGAACUUUUUUAAAACGACAACCCCCCCCCCCAAAAAAAAACCCAGGCAAUUUUUGAAUACAGAAAGGAAAACUAUAGAUGUCAAGUGGCUGCAAUUUGAGGACACUUUAUCUCUGUGCAGUUGAAAAUGUCCCAGAAGGCCUAUAUUGUAGGCCUAUAUGUUGUGUAAAUUCUGGUACUAGAAUUUACAAGAAUCCACUAGAAUCUACGCUCUAAUUUACCCCCAGAUUUACUUCUGUAUUAGAAGUAGGUAUGAUCAGGAUUCUUCUUGUGCAGUGUUUCAUUCCUGUGUACAUGUGGCAAAACACCUUACGAAAAAAAUCUUGAUGCAACUCAGUAUAAUCGUUGAUAAUGUACAGGGAGUUGGAAAAAGCAAAAAUGAACUGAAUGAGCUGAAAGUUGUGGCUAUGCAGCAAUUUGUGCUAUAUAUGCUGUGAUCUGUACAAUAUCUAGAAGUUAAAAGUAGUAUAUGAGAGGUCUCCUCAUGUAUUGAUUUCACAGUGGGGGAAAGAGCACUUAAAUCUGGCAAGUUAACUACCAAGAGGAAUUGGUUGAUGGACAACCUAAAAAUAUAAACCAUCAGCAUAAUUUUCCUCUGGAUGCUAGCCAGAGUCUACCACAGAGUUUGGCGUUCAUAAGUUUUACCGCUGUCUGUGGGGCUCAACUGUCCAUUCUUUACAGUUAUGUUUCUACUAGGAAGGCUCUUUGACUUCUUGAGAUCCCUUGUUCCUUCUGUAAUUAAUUUGUUUUCAAAAAUUCUCCUCUUCAAAUUUUCAUGUUCCCCUGAUUAAUCAAAGAUUUGCUAAAUAUUCACCAAGCAUUUUAUACCUAUAUACCCUAUAGCUGAUGUCUAUAUUUGUGAGCUGGUAUUUUCCACCAUGUAAUAGUUGGCAUAGGGACGCGGGUGGCGCUGUGGGUUAAACCACAGAGCCUAGGACUUGCUGAUCAGAAGGUCGGUGGCUCGAAUCCCCGCGACGUGGUGAGCUCCCAUUGCUCGGUCCCUGCUCCUGCCCACCUAGCAGUUCGAAAGCACGUCAAAGUGCAAGUAGAUAAAUAGGUACCGCUCCGGCGGGAAGGUAAACGGUGUUUCCGUGCACUGCUCUGGUUCACCAGAAGCGGCUUAGUCAUGCUGGCCACAUGACCCGGAAGCUGUACGCCGGCUCCCUCGGCCAAUAAAGCGAGAUGAGCGUCGCAACCCCAGAGUCGGUCACGACUGGACCCAAUUGUCAGGGGUCCCUUUACCCUUUACCUUUAAUAGUUGGCAUGUGAUGAGCACAUUAGCAUAUUUGAUAGCGGACCUACAAUAAUAUUCUAUACUUGACAUAUUUGCAUGCAAUAUAAUAUUUAUUUUGCAUUUGACUGCAUUUUUAAAGUACGCUGUUGUAUUUAAAAGGUAAUGGUAUUUGACCAUUGAUGUUGUUUCAUAUUUUUUUCCUAUAAAAAUGAUCAAUAUUCCCCAAAUCCUAAUUUUUAAUUCCAUGGUAAAACCUAAUAUUGAACCUAGGAAUUGGAAACCUUCACAUUCAGAAACUUUGAGAUUUAUUCCCUUUCCCCUCUAGUACUAAGUAAAUAUUCUUCUGUUGAGAAUAUAUAUAUAUGUAACAGAUUCAGCACUCCAAAUGCAUCACAGCUUGCGAGCUUUUGCUCAAUGUCCCAUGCAAGUGCAAAGACAGAGCAAAUAAGAUGUGGGCAUAUGAACUGGUCCUAGAGGAAACACAUAAUGUGUGCUUUAUUCUCCCUCUUUUCUUCUUCUUGGAAACUGUGGCAAAGAGGAGGGGGCAAAGCAUUUGCUUGCCUCUCUCUCAGAGAUAAAAGCGCUUCAGCAUAGGUCUCUGUCUUCCCCAUGAAAAGCACCCUGGGAUCCAUUGCAUUGGUUGUGAUUCUGUUUUGCACAGCUGUAAUCGGCUUACCUGCCAACAGAAGCUAGAUGCUGACGGUUCUAAUGCCUUCCUAGGGAUCUUCCCAGCCAGAUUAAGACGUCUGCUUCUUGUGAAGCAUCCUAGUUAAGUAUGUUGCAGCAUCUGCAGGUGCACAGAUCUUGCACAAGCCCUCGCCUCAAGUUUUCAGACAGAUGUUGCACGCAAUAAAUUACCUUUUGAUUUCUGUCUCACAUUCUGAUUGCCUAAAUAGUGUUCCCUCCUGUUGAAGCUCUCCAGGCUGGAGGAAACAAAAUCUGCUUCUGAAAGUGCUUGUCCAUAACGCGAUGGAUAAUCAGCUUUGUUUAGUAGCAUACGGGAAAAGAAGUGUUUGUUCUCGGAGUUGUUGUAAAUGCAGUGGUGUGUGUUUUGCACUUCAUAAACAUGUUUGCCUCCACGGGGAGACAAGCAUGUGCAAUGGGAGGAAAAUGUGAGCAUGGCUUUGUUUUUUAACCAGUUUCUUCAUCUAGACAUGGUGUCCACAUUGAACCAACAUUUCGAGCAUCUAACUGAUGACAACCUAGAUUGUCAACAGUCUUGGUAAAUUGAUUGGUUCUCACAAAUGAAGAAGGCAGAGGAAAGUAGAUGUUGACCGAGUCCAGGGAGUGAUGAAUGCUUUGUAGUUUAACUGGGGGUAGUACCCUCUGCCUUGAAGGACAGUGAUAUGUUUCCUCCUUAAGAGGACCUCACUUGACCCUGAAGCCCUAACUAAUAUAGAAUUAGUAUGUGGACAGAAUGUGGUGUCAGGAAGUUGGCCUUGUUUUCUCAUCCAUUUCUGGAGCAUCAGUGAUGUCCUGAUCCAAAACACAUGGAUUCAUAAUUGUUCUUCCCACUUGUCACAUGGCAGACAUGUCCUUUUGAUCUGGGCUUCAUCUUAGGCUUGUCAACAUGUCUGCUGCAGAGGUGCUUUCUGGAGGAUCUAGAGCUGGGUAUAUCAAUCAAAUACCUUUAUUGGCAUGUUUCAAGUAACUGGAAUAAUUAAAAAGACAAGGGUGAAGCUAUCAAGGGUUAUAAGGUCCCACUAUGGCCAUGUGCAUUUGGAUAUUCUGCAAUGCCCUGUCUAUUUUCCAAAAGGAUAGUUCACCGGGAACCCUUUUGGGUAAAACUGUGGCUAAAAAGGAAGCUACUAAAGCAGUAAUAUCUUUGUCCUGAUCUGCCAGGAGAAACCUUCUUUGGCUUCUUCUGGGAGUUGUGGGCUGGAGGUCCAACAUUUUGCUCAGCAUCAGUUGGCAAGGUCUGCCAUGUAAAGGGCAAUCUAAGAGAAUGUGGUCCAUUGAAUCAGGUACUUCUUGACUGCAGACACACAAACGGGCUUGAAAUGGAAUGUGUGAGAAUCUGCCUUUGGUCACUGCAGAGAGGAAAGCAUUUAGUCUUGCAAGCAUAAAGGCUCUUCAAUGGGAAGGGAGUAGUAGAUCCUUUAGAUAUUUGGCACAGGUUCUGUAGGAUAUUGUGAUACCUAAGCCCCCGGGAGAACAAGAUCUCAGAGUAUGAAGUAACAAGCUCUGUCUUUUGUGGUCGUAGAGCCACUGCUUGAUUAAUUGGAAUAUGUGAUUUUUGUCACAUACCUCGAGGAAGAGCUGGGUAUAUUUGACUGUUUAGAGUAUGCCUGCUCCAAGUUCCAGCUUUGUUCAAUGGAAAAGUGAUGGUGUAGCUCAGAGUCUGGAACAAGAGCUAAUUGAUGGUAACAAUUGUGUAAAUGCAGUUGAAAGGGGCUGCUCCUUACACUGUUUUGCCACUUUGGCAGUGAUUCAGGGGUGUGGCUUUUGAACGCUAUCCCGCUGCAGGCAUUAGCAGGAGAAAGUACCUCAUACCGUUAUGGACAUCUCUCUGCUGUAGCUCCUUGAAUCAAAGGCAUUACUGUGGUGAUCCAUUGCCAUGUCUGAAUUACCCACAGAUUUAUUUGAACUCUUGAGCCCCCAGAAGCAGGGCUAGCCACAGUGGGUGAAUCAGACAAGCAUACAAUACAUUCUCACGAGAACAAACGCUUUCAACAUUUGUAGCAUCAAUCUCUUUAUUCUAUUUCUCCAGGUGUAGGAGCAGAAAACUAAGGGUAGAACGUAAAGCUAGAAUUGUGACUCGCUAAUUCUGUAGAAUUUUGAACUGGCAUUUAUUUAUUUUUUUAAAAAAACAGGAUUAAAAUGCUGCACUCCAUGAAUUAGUAAUAUUGCAUUUCAUCUUUCAUGGGUUUACAUGGUGAAAGCGCUGAUGGUUUCUCUUGUGUCCUUGUUCCCAGAAGUCUCUCUUCAUGCUGCAGCCCAGGUCAACGAACCGGGAUGCUCCACAGGAAUGCCUUUCGGAGGACUCCUCCCUUACCUCGGGGCAGGUUCAAUGGGAUCACAGGACCAGCAUACCAACAACUAGAAGAGUCAAGGAUCACAGAUCAGGAGACAAUACCUUGUCAAAGGUAGGCAAGAAAAACAACAGGAGCCAGCCAAUAUUUCCAUCAGCUUCAAACUGAAGCAAAACAUGAAAAAGUAGACAAAGAUGAAAAAAUGUGUCUAAAAAAAUUCAAUGAACACCAAAGCUUAUUGGGUAGCUUGCAGCAAUACCCUUCCCUUUGGGCCAAGGUUAGCCCAAAACAUGCUGGCACCUGAGGAAAACCACAAAAUGGCUCCCCCUCCUGCCAGACCUGUGAUAGUGAGUGAUUAACUGACCCUGGCCAUCUCUUUGUCUGUCUCCUAUUAGCUUGGAGGCCUCCAUUCAGGAAUUUGAACAUGCUUUGCUAGCAACGUGCUUUGAUGUUGACCUUUUUCAGGGUGUGAAGUAUUUCUUGAGGUGAGGCCCAUAUCAGGCCUGCACCAAGGGCAAGCAAAGUGCUAGUGGCAUAUUUAUGUCACUCAUUUAUACACAUGCCCAGUGCCAGACGUGCCAGAAUGCACCUCCCACAGAAGACCCACCCCAGAGCCCAAAGAGGAUGUCUUGGGGGGGGUGGAAUCUCCUCAUGAACCAGAGGCAGCCUCCCUCAGGCUCCAUGUGGGGGGGCUGCCUCAGGCACCUUCACACAGGAGAAAGAGGCGGCACAGGCAGAGACUUCCUUAAACCGCUCCGCUGAGGGGCAUGCGGCUGCCCACAUCUCAGCAGAGCAGUUUAACAAAGCCACUAGAGCUGGGCGAUGCUGUGUUUUCAACAUUGCGGUUCGACAAUCAACCGCCAUGUUGAAAGAUGCUGCAUUGGCACGGGGUGAAACUGCUUCCGCUCUCACCACGGAGCUGAGGCACUUUCACCCCAGUGGGCUGGGGCUAAUACAGCUGGCCCCAGCCUGCUGCUUGGGGGGGGGGCAAGCUACCUCAUCCCCAACUCCCUGAAGAUGGGGUUACAGUACCCAAGCGCAGGGAGCCAGUCAGGCUCUGUGUGAGACACAGCCCCCCCCCUCCUGGAUGCAGGCAGCCAGGCAGUAGCCAAGCAAGGCUGCAUCUGCCCGGGGCCCGCGCUGUGCCCCUGCUCCUACUCGUGAGCAAUCAGGAACGCAAUCACAGCUGGGAAGGGGGAGAACUUUAACAGAGGCCCCGCCCCACCCCACCGCUGGCAGUUCAGGGCUCCAUAAAACUGCUUGGCGGAAGCAAGGGUAGCAGCACGUUCCUCAGCCAAGCAGUUUAAAGACGUGGAGGGAGGAACAAGCUAUACUGGCACCUCAGCCAGGCAGCUUGUUCCCUCUGCAUUGUAUGAGGGCAGAGUGUGAUGCUGGUUUCACUCAGUGCGGUAUAUCACUGGUAAAACUGCCUCUAGCUUGUUUCUCCCUCAGCACACUGGGCACUGGAGGCAGAUUAGGAGCGGGGGUGGUUUCACCAGCGACAUAGCGUUGAGUGAAACCGCCACCGAACUCUACCCUCCUGUUACAGAUGGAGAAACAAGCUGCGUUGGCGAGCUUCAGUACAGCUUGUUCCUCCCUCCACUUCAGCAAGCCACAUGUCCCUCUGGCUCAUACAUGCUGGAGGGGACAUGGGGCUUGCUCAGCCAGGGGGGCAAGAAGGCUCAAAGCAGCACAGCCGCCACCCCAUCUGAGCCUUCCCAUCUCAAGGCAGGAGCAGAUGCUGCCUCAGCUCCCACCACUGCCUUGGGACGGGUGAGGGGGAGAUGCGAACAGGUUGUCCCUCCCUGUGAUGGAGAGGAAGCCUGCUCCCUCUCCCCCCCCAUGCCAUGGCAGCAGAUGAGGCAGGCAUACAAACUGAGUGUUAGGACACCUGCCUCAUUCGCCACAGCUUUGACAUGAGCUCCUUUCCAACAUUGUGAUAUACUGCCAUAGUAAAAUGUUUUGUAAGGUAAAAGGACCCCUGACCAUUAGGUCCAGUCAUGACCGACUCUGGGGUUGCAGCGCUCAUCUCGCUUUAUUGACCGAGGGAGCCGGCGUACAGCUUCCGGGUCAUGUGGCCAGCAUGACUAAGCUGCUUCUGGCGAACCAGAGCAGCGCAUGGAAAUGCCGUUUACCUUCCCGCCAGAGCGGCAGCUAUUUAUCUACUUGCACUUUGACGGGCUUUCGAACUGCUAGGUUGGCAGGAGCAGGGACCAAGCUCACCCCGUUGUAGGGAUUUGAACUGCCGACCUUCUGAUCGGCAAGCCCUAGGCUCUGUGGUUUAACCCACAGCGCCAUUGGUAUAUUACAAUGUUGGAAAGCAGAUAUCGCCCAGCCCUACUCCUCAUGAGCCAGAGGUGCAACAGGGCUUUGGUGAGGCAUUUCCUCCCACUUCCGGGGCCCAGCUUAGAGGUGCUGCACGCAGUUCCAGUGAGUUUCUGCUGGGAAAAAAGCCCUGCUCGUGCCGUGACGUACAGGGAUAAACCAUCCCCUGAGUUCAGAUUGAUACACAUCAGUUCACAACAGGUUCCCCCACUCCAAAGUCCCGCUCCAAACAAUAUGAUCCCACUGGCACAAAAUCCACUAGAGCUAUGAAGAUUGCAGAGGGGAAAGAGUGAUUUAUGGUUGGCAAAACAUUUAGCUAUUAAUUAUGCUCAAACAAAGCUAUUAUUUUUUGUCAUAAACCAUGUUACAACUGGAUGCUAAAUGCCACUCGGUUGAUCAGACAGACUAAUUCAAAUAGCUGGGUGUUAAUUUUUUCACCAACAGAAAUGGGAGAGCACGAGUGGACUAUAUUAAACUUAAGACUGUACAUAGAGGCCAGGAAUAAAGUAGUGAAACACCAAAGGAUAAAUUGAAUUAAGCCAAUAUAUUUAACAUAACGGUCCUGUGUUGGGGUAGAAAAAAACCUGACUAUGCAGGAAUCUCCAUUUACACAUGACUGUCGGGCAAACUUACAUUGUCAUGAUAGGAGCAGUUUCAUUGCAUUGGCCCACAGAAUGACCAACUUUCACCAGCUUCUAAAACUUACCAAAGAUCUUCCCUGGCAGAGAGUUCCAUGGGGAGGUGGCCCUUAUCGAAAAUGUCUGAUCCUCAUUUGACCACUUGCCAGAUUUCAUAUGACUUGAGUAUAUGGAACAGGAAGGAAGUUUCCCUUCAGGCACCCUGGUCCCUGAAAAUUAAUUUUUCACAGAAUUAAAUCUGAAGCAAAUUUGGAGGCAGAGCAGCUAAGAAAAGGUGAAGGAAUUUCAGUAAGUCUAGUGCAAUUGCUCAGGGACUUGUGCAAUUUCUCAUGCAUCUCCCAAUACAUUUUUGUGAAAUGAAUUUAUCUAUCCUGCUGUAUCAGUGUGCCUUUCGGAAAAGCUAACACGUCUCAUACCUUUCCUCUCCUCUAGGUUAUCUACUGGUUUAAAAACACCACAGAAUACUUCAAUAAAUAUGCAACUGCCUUCAAGAGAGACAAGCUCUUAUUUUAAUAGCGUGGCUCCAAAGGAUAUGGUUGGCUAUCCAUCUCCACGGGCCAGUUCCGUCCCCAUCAUUCCUUCGGUGGGCUUAGACGAAGCCUGCAUGCAGACACAAAACGUUUCAGACAUAACAGGCAUCAAAUGGUGCAAAAACUCCUAUUCCACUGAACUUGUUAAUGUGAGUGCCCCAGCCAGCAGUUGUCUUAUUGCAGAACAACAAGAAGUCAAAAUAUUGUUAGAAACUGUCCAGGAGCAGAUCCGAAUCCUGACUGACACAAGGAGGUCGGAGGACUUUGCGCUGUCAAAUGCCGACGCCAAGAACAGUACAAGUGAAAACACAGCAUUUCUGCCCAUGAGUCCUGUGGUGAAAUCGGAACAAGAGGCACAGUUUGUCUUAAAAAGUGAAAUGAAAAGAGACUCAGCAUCAGUCAAGUGA